CUCAAGUCGUCAGUCGUUAGCCAAAAGUCGGACGAGAUUGCUGCAAAAUUAAAAACAUCUUCGGUCACACGCGCGCAUAUAGUAAAAAAAAGAAGAAAGAAUAAUAACAAAAAUAAUUCCGACUUUAUAGACUUUUACACAGAUGUGUAUAUAUUUUAGUGUGUAUAGCUAUAGUUAGAUACAAAGUGACCGAAAAGGCAAGAGCAAGGAGCAGAAGCGCAGAGAAGCACAAGAGAAAAUCGGACUAUCGUCUCAAGUUACCCCUCUUAUAUAUUAUUAUAUAUUCUUUAACUUGGAAAAUCGGCUACGGAAAAACCACCCCUUCGAGAAAUUUUCUCUAUAUAAAAUUUAGUGUAAUUUUCUUCUCUUAAUAAAUAUUUACCCACACACCCGGCGUGAUAUCCAGCAAGCGGCAGUAAGACCGAACGUACACUUCUGCCUUCCGCCUUCUCCCGUUUCGGUUCGAGUCGUCCGAGAACUGUUAGGGGCCGUUUUAGUUUCCUACAAUCGUUUCCCUCGUGUUGUUUGGUCGGUUAGAUACCAAGGAGUUGUCCUUACGUAUUAUCAUAGCUUCAGAGAAAGUCGGGCACCACAUCUAACUCGACUCUCUUACGGUUCGGACCUAAAAAGCGUAUAUUUCUUAGCUCCUUGAACAAGAACGUCAAAAUCUACCGAAAUUUAAGAAAGAGUAAAAACUAAACCCGGAUUCGAGUAUAUUGUGAUUUGCUUCGAACAGCUAGCGAACAGCAUAGUUAUAGAAGAAGAAGAAGAAAAAACUGAAACAAGUCGUCAAACCAACCGAAUCGUGUUGAUUCCAGCAGCUCAAGAAAACUCAACAUCAAUAGCUCAAUCUGCACUCAGCCUCACAUCAGAAAAUAAAAAUGCUAGAGAUGGAUCAAAACCGUGUUUGAAAUGGAACGAAAUGAUCGCUGAACAAAAACAAGCCAAAAAUAAUAAACAAAAUAUAACGCCGAGGAUUAAGUGGUGAAAAAUAAAAAAUAAAGAAUAAAGUGUUGCGCGCUAAAAACCAAAAAAUCAUGACCAUCAACCAACAACGAUCAUCGGUGGUCGCCAGUCUGCUGAAUUUAAUGGAUACAACCACGAACGGCCUGCGGCAGUCCAACGACGCGGCCGGACCUCGCGAAUCAGUGUUCCCACCAAGCGAAAUGGUGUUCUUGCUUUGAACAAGUUCUUUAGUUGACUUUUUAGUUCUACAAAACCCAAACAAACUGAUCAUACGAACCUAAUAAUAAACGACUAUAUCUAGUGUGUGUGACAUGUUCUCCAGGAAAACCGAUAAAUAUAACAUAAAGCAUCUUGUUUCAUUAAUCGUACACAAAACGGAACCCAAUAUAGUUGGACUCUGAACACAAAAGAUGCUGAUACCAGAAUCCCGUACCAGGCGUCAACAUGAAAAAAAUACGCAAACUGGUCAAUUUGUUGCAAAAUGUCAUCCGAAAGAAAUGAGUGAAAAGUUAUGUGAAAUCGCAAAAUGGUCAGACAAUUACAAUGACGAUUGAUGGCCUGCGGAGCCUCGAUCGUGUAUUGGACUAUAGAAGCUAAAUAGUAAAACAAUAAAAAAAAUGAUAACACUAAUAUCGUAAAAAAAACAAUAUGAAAAUUAUUCCCCCCCAAACAAAAAAAAUAACAACAAAACACGCAAAUACAAAAUGCACCCAAGUGCAGUAGAAGUGUCACCCCCCGAAGUUUAGUUUGUCGUAUUUUUUACUACUGCAAAAAUCAACCACGACCAAGACCACAGAAGACCAGUGAGAGUGAAAAUUUUCCGAAAACGUUAGAAAUGUGAAAAAAACAUGACGAAAAGUCUGAGUGAAAUAUUUUAUGUUUGAGCUAACCGAACAACUACUGAGGAAGACAAACGACAUAUUCAACAACAACAACCCAAAAAAAAACAACUAUCGGAAAAAACAGCGUUCGGGAUAAAGUAAAAUAAAACAAAAACCGACCGAAAAUCAAACGAACAAACAAAACAGAAAACAGUUUUAGUUUAAGUGUGCCACACAGCAAAGUGAAACAAACAUUGAACAAGUGAAAUUCUUGUGCGACCGAUGGACGCCCUAUAAUCGAUAACUGUAAUGUGCGGACACAGCCCCCGUAUGUAGACUAAGGUCCCGACGAACGCUAAAACUAAGGGAGCUACCCGCGUGGAAACGAGGAACUUCGCCAUCGCAUAACCCCGGAUGACGAAUUCAUUCCAAGUUCCCGGAAAUCUUCGGCCGACUCCCGACUCAAAACAAAACGAGAAAAAAAACCACAACAAGAACAAAAACCCAACGGACACAAGUGAAGUAAACGCAAAAAAAGUGAGUGUGUGUGUAGAUUCCCGAAAACAAAAAAAAACUGGAAUACUCGCUCCCUGCCCGAAGAAAACGAAAAGAUAAUAGUGAAAAAUUAUAAACUACGAGACAUAUUUAACCGAACAGAGAGUGAACAGCCAAAGCUUUAGCAAAUCACAGACUGAAAGUGAAAUUACCCUACCGUAAAGUGAAAGUGUGUAACGUGAGCUGAAAAGGACAGCGUGAACAACAUAAAACGAAACAAAACAAUUGUACAAAAGGUGCAUUACAAACCUUACCGAAACAAAAAAAAAGUCUCUAAAUCACCCCCGGUACGUGUGUCACAUGUGUGCAAAAUAGUAACCCACAAAAAAAAUAGCAAUCAUCCUGCUCAACCCUUGAUUCCCCGUGAUUCAGCUUCAUCCCGAUUCGCAUUCACAACUCCGUAGCCUUGUCCAGUCCUUGCUGGAACCGAAAUAAGCAUGACCUCAUCAGAGAAUGUACGAUUUCCCGGACCUGUUUGACCCAAGUCCACUCUACCUCUAGGAAAAAAACAAAAUCACUUUCGCCAUUCUCAUAGCGAAGUCAUUCGUUUUCUUUUUUUCUUCUUGAACUACAACUGGCCUGGCUCAAGUCCAACGAGCCAACAGACAAAAAAAAACCCUCAUUGACUGGACUAAUAAAUGUCUACCAUUUGCGCCAAUCAACUGGUAGCCAUUUUCCUAAUCAGUGUCAAUUAGGAGGGGUUUGAAUUUCCAAUUCCCAAACAAAACAAAAAAACACGUCCCCCAAACCAGGCCGUUCAAAAGUCCCGUUGUUUACAUUUUGUUGUCUGCCGUCUGUCGUAGAGAGGUAAAACAAAACCAAAUCAGCCAGUCCCGCAAACUAUACACGUGGCAUUCGCUUCCCGUCAUCCGGUCCCCACUAACUUCCGUAACGUAACGGCAAGAAUCCCGCGUAAACGUCCUUGCCGUUGUCGUCGUCGUCGUCUGCAUCCGCGUCUUCGUUCUCGCCGAAAGGGUGGCUGCCGGCAGUGCUCGUCCCGUGCGCCUCGUAUGAGGCAAAUUGCCACGGACAGGAGAAAAAAACGGAAGGAGAAGAAGAAGAAGAAAAAAGGAAGAUCGGCACGUAUUAGGAAGCUGCUGCUGCUACUGCUACUACUGCUUCCGGGCGGUUGCAUUGCAGCAAGCAGAAGCGGAGGAGAGAAGGAGAGAGAGGGAGAGAAAAACGGAAAAAAGCGGUCCCUCGUGUGUCCGCAUACGUGUGUGUGUUUGUUUGUGUGAUGCAGUCAACAUGCAAAAGCACCUGCUGCGAAUUAAGCGGAAAAACUAAAUGUGUGAACUGUUGCAUAGCCCAAGUAACCGAACAAAACCGAGAAUCGAAAACAGAAAAACAAAACGCACAAGUUAAUCGAACAAGAACUGACUCUGUGUGGACGGUUUCACAUAUGAUACUUCCACCAAACACACCGAUUCGACGCUUACCCGAAGUAUAACACAAAAGCCAGGUCCAUGCGAUGGAAGGGGAAACAUAAGGCCGGGUUAAGAGAGGGGUAUUGUUCGGAAUCGUUGGAAGGGGCGCUUGCCAGUCGUCAUCGUAGCCAUCGUCGUUGCAGUCGUAGUCUGUGUUCAAGUCGUCGCAUGUACUGCCACGAUAGUUCUUGGUAUUGUAGUAAGGAGAUUAGUGGCAAAUACGACCGGGUGCAACAUCAGCAACGACAGUGGAGAGGGGAGAGUUUCUCCCACCGCGCGCUGGUCCGUGGGCCAAUAAAGCUGUUUGCCACUUAUGAUGUCAUCAGAGGAGGACAGUGAUUCUUUCGGUUUAUACGUCGAUAAGUUGCUGAAGAAACACAAACGAGCCAGACAGCGCGUAGACGCGGGCGAACCAAGAAAUAGUUAUUCUUCGAUCCCGAACUUCAGUUCAAGACCGUCCUUCAUGAGCGGUGGUCUAUACGGGGCUAUUUUUAGCCAAAGCCAGCAGCAUUUCGGUGGACUGUUUGGUCCCGGUGGUUACGGACCGGCCAACAAGAUGCUCAACGAGUUGUUGGGUAGACAAGUGAAGCAAGCACAGGACGCCACAGAUCCGGACAGUAUUAUGCUAUCGGCGAUCGAAGCAGCCAAUGCAGUGGACAGCAAUACCCCAACGAGCAAGCACGGAUUUGAAAGUUCUACCAAUCUAAACAAUAAUAACAAUAACAGUAGUACGAACAACAACAAUAACAGUGCUAAUAACAAUUCGCCCACAUCAGAUGGAUCAGUGACCAUGAUGGGCCGAAGGAGAAGCAACAGUCAAAAUAACACUGCCAAUAGUGGCAAUAACAAUAGUAACAGUAACAGCAGUGGUGUUAUAGACCUUGACGGUGGUUCUAGAACACCACAGCCGAACGAUCUGGCGCAUCAUAUGUUGCGCAACAUCCUUCAGGGCAAGAAGGAGUUGAUGGCCCUCGAUCACGAACUGCGAACCGCGAGCAAUCAGAGCAGUACGCUCGGCGACCGGAUAUCGCCGGAUAAUAAUAACGUGAUCAGUAAAAAUAAUAACAUUUACGACAUUACCAAGUGUGAAUCAGUGAACGGUGGCAGUGGUGAUGUUAGUGACUCUAGUGACCUAGGUGCUAAUACUAAUAGUGCUUCAACCAAAGUGAACCACAAAAACAGUGCGACCAAUAAUCAAAUCAAUAGCAGUGAUAACAACAGUCAGUUGAAUAGGCCAAUUUCUAUCGAGUCGCAUGCCAGCAAUUGUGAUGAUUUGCUAGCAGCGGAUCUGGCACACACCGAACGGUUACUGAACGGUGGCAUAAACUCCGGCAGCACCGGUAGCAAUGUGGGAAGGUGCUCCAGUGUAAAUCCAAAGCAAGAAAAAGCCGAUGUGAUUGAUGAACUGGUGGCAUCGCUCCCAGACGAAACCGAUGAAACUAUGCCUUCGCCUGGCUCGGGCAGUAACGGUGUGGUGAUUACGAAGCAGGAACUAGAUAUCGAAGAUUGUCUCGAAGAUAAAGAUCGGAAUGGCCGAACGCCGAGUCCGGUGCAGUCCGGUAAGAAUGAAUCGGAAUCACUGACACUGAAGCGAGCGCGUGUCGAAAACAUUGUUUCGUCUUUGCGCGUCAGCCCGGCACUGUUAUCCUCGCAGCAGGGACAAGUGAAUGGGUGCAAAAAGCGUAAAUUGUAUCAUCCACAGCAGCAUGAUAAUAGUGCUGCUGAGCGGUACGCUGCAGCCGCAGCAGCCGGAUUAAAUCUGGGCCUCACACUUCAAAACUUUAUGCUGGGCGCCAGCGUCGAUCCGGACGAUGACGACGACGAAAUGGAAGUCACUCCGCAUAUCCAUCAGAAACGGGUGGAGAAAGACGUACUUAAGUCCCAACUACGAUCGAUGCAGGAACAGCUAGCCGAGAUGCAGCAAAAAUAUGUGCAAUUGUGUUCGCGGAUGGAGCAACAAUCGGAUACCCAGGAGGUGGACGAUAGUGUCAGUGAUAUCAUGGAAGACGACUCCAAUCCCGAUCUCACACCUGAUAAAUCUUUAAUGCAAAGCUCGCCGGCAUCUACCCCGAUCAAGGACGUCAAGAAUGCGGAUGCGUCGAGUAUGCUGCAAAUGAUGAGCAAAAUGAUGUCGGCCAAGAUACACAAUCAGCUGCCCAGUCACCCACACCUGCAGACCGGUUUCAACGGAACGCAUCUCUUCCUGCAGCAUAUGCAGCAAGCGGGUCUACCGCACGACAGUAUGAGCCAGCACAAUCAAAUGAGCAAUGCUGCGAUGUACCAGAAACUGUUUAUGGAACAGGAAGCUCGGAUGGUGAAAGAAGUUGCUGAACAGCAGGAAAGAAACCUGCAAAACUCCAACCAACAGCUGUUGCAACAACAGGCACUGCAGCAGCAGCAGCAGCAACAACAACAGCAGCAGCAAAUGCAGCAACAGCAACAACAGCAGCAGCAUCAAGAGAGAAAUAUGCAGAACGCAAACCAACAGUUACUGCAGCAACAGGUUCAAGUUCAACAGAAUCAAGUAUCUCAACCGCAGUUGCAAUCACCUCCUCAUCAGGUGAACCAAUCACAACAGCAGCAGCAGCAGCAACAACAACAACAGCAGCAGCAGCAACAACAACACAUGCAGCUGCAACAACAGCAGCAACAACAACAAAUGCAACAACAGCAACCUUCUCAGCCGAGUCACAUCUCGCCACCACAGAUGCCGCAGAUACCACACAUGCCGCAGAUUCCGAAAGGAUCCACUAUCCCCUCGGAUCUGACGAAUCGGCUAAACUUGAUGCGCUCGAGCAACAGCUCGAUAGGGCAAAUGACCGGCACAGACCUGGAAGGGCUUGCCGAUGUUCUGAAAACGGAAAUCACCGCCUCACUCUCCAACCUGGUCGAUUCGAUCGUGACGAGGUUCGUUCACCAGCGACGAUUCCUAGGGAAACAGUCGGAGGCAGCGGCAGCAGCAGCCGAACAGCUCAACAAGGAUUUAAUGAUGGCAUCGCAGCUUUUGGAUCGUGCCAAGUCUCCGCGAACGAAGGUUUCAUCCGAUCGCGGGGCCAGCAUCAACAACAGCAACAGUAGCAAUCUUUCAGGUAAUGGACCAAUGCUUAACUCUUCUAGUCUUAGUAGUGCUCCGAAUUCGAACGUGGUGAAUCAGCCUUCUGCUGGGAACCCGAUGAUGGGUGGUCAACAGGGCAACGGGCCACGAUUGAACGGAACCGCGUUUCCUCCGAUGGGGAUGCCGAUGCAUGUGAACAAUGUGCCCCCGCACGACCCCAAGAACAACCUGAACCAAAUCAAUAUGCCACCUCAUGUUCGACCUUCUCCUUCUACAGCUAUGUUCCAAACACCGAAGCCACCGCAGAACCUCAACUCGGUAGCCGCCGCCGCACUGUACAACUCUAUGAGCGCCCUCGGAAACGGCCAGGUUAACCCGUUCUGUAUGCCAGAACCACGGGAAAACCCAGAGCAAGCCGAAGCACUGAGCCUUGUGGUAACGCCGAAGAAAAAGCGUCAUAAGGUCACGGACACUCGAAUCACACCACGAACUGUGAGUAGGAUUCUGGCCCAGGACGGAAUCAUCCCAUCUGGCAAUUCUGUUCAGUUAGAACAAAACAAUAGCAAUCAAGGUAGCAACAACACUAACAACAAUGGCUUAACCGGCAACGGCAAUAGUGUCAACAACAAUAAUAACAACAACAACAACAACAACAGCAGUAGCAAGAACAACAACCCCCAGCAGCAGUUCAACAGUCAACCACCGAGUGUGCAAGCGAGCACACCUACCGAAAGCCCCUCUCCACGUGGUUCCUACCAUCAACCACCGCCUUCGAUGCUACCCGUGUCGCUACCGACGUCGGUUGCGAUACCAAACCCCUCCCUGCACGAGUCCCAGGUAUUUUCGCCCUACAGCCCCUUCUUCAACCCCCAUGGCCCCCCGCACGGUGGACCCCAUGGACCCCAGCCGUCUCAGUUCCACCACAUGAAGGUGUCCUCGAGCCCGCCCGGUAUCAACGGUCUGAUGGACCCACGGGACUCUCCUCCGCUACCACACCCGCCUACGAUGCUGCAUCCGGCACUGCUGGCAGCUGCCCACCACGGCAAUUCGCCCGACUACGGUCACAUCCGUGCCUCGAUGGACGUCAACGAUCGCAACUCGGACUGCAACUCGGUCAACGACAUCUCCUACAACGGCAUGGAGCCUACUAUAUCCUUUUCAAAAUUUUCCUUAACUCCGGAGCACUCGUCAACAUUGACCCCGAUGCACCUGCGCAAGGCGAAGCUGAUGUUCUUCUGGGUGCGCUAUCCCAGUUCGGCCGUGCUGAAGAUGUAUUUCCCGGACAUCAAGUUCAACAAGAACAACACCGCCCAGCUGGUCAAGUGGUUCUCCAACUUCAGGGAAUUCUACUACAUUCAAAUGGAGAAGUACGCUCGUCAGGCGGUUAGCGAAGGAAUGAAGAACGUGGAUGACAUCCAUGUGAGCAACGACAGUGAAAUCUACCGUGUUCUCAAUCUGCACUACAAUCGGAACAAUCAUAUCGAGGUGCCCCAAAAUUUCCGAUAUGUUAUUGAACAGACACUGCGAGAGUUCUUCCGCGCGAUACAGAGCGGGAAAGACACCGAACAGUCGUGGAAGAAAUCGAUUUACAAAAUCAUUUCUAGAAUGGAUGAUCCUGUGCCGGAAUAUUUCAAGUCUCCAAACUUCCUGGAACAGUUGGAGUAAAAGCCUACAACAGUAACGAGAUAGCAAAACAAACUUACACAGUCAGCGGCCAACCGGCUGCCAACACCAGAAACCUGCAAACACCGAAUCAAUAACCAAAUUUACUGAGGGAAAAAGAGUAAAUAAUUAAAAUUAAAAAGAUAAAAAGUUACACUUUAUUAAUUAUAAAUUUAAAGCAAAUUAUACAAAAUUGUUAUCUAAACAAAUUUAAAGCAAAAAAGAAAUUUAAUUUUAGAGAAAAAAAAUAAGUAACACAAAGUAUAGAUAUAUUGUUUAACACGAACGAAAACACAACAAAACUAAACAAAGAACUAAUAAGCGAAGCAAAACAAAACAAGAAGUAACAACAUUUGUGGUUCCUAUACUGUAGUGUGCUUGCGUCCAAGAAACAAAGCAACUGCAACAGAAAGUAAGAAACAAAACAAAAACAAGCGAAAAAAAUCAAGUACUUAUAGACGAUAUACUCGCGUUUAGGCCUUCAUUUCCGAAAAAGUAAAAAAAAAAUGGACAACCAAAAUUUACCUAAAACAUAGCAACAAAAUUUCAUCCCACUUCACAGGCAUAACACAGCAACAUAAAAACAAACCAAAUCACGAAUAGAUUUAAUGAAGUAAAAAGUGGAACAGAAACCUCAAAAUUUAAGCUAAAACAAAGAAAAAAACAACUAAAUUUAAACCCAAGAGUGUUUGACAUCGUAAAACACACAAGGAAAAAACCUCAAGGAACAAUGCGUAUAAGCGGAACAAUUUACGGAUCACCCAUUCGGAAGAGCGAGCAGUAGAAAAGAAAGGGAAGUAUGAGCAAUGUGAUAGAUAGAAAGAGAUUGAGCGAAUUAACACCAACCGUGAACUGGAAAUUUUGGUUGCAGAAGGGAUGCAAGAGCAAAAAAAAGUAAACUGUAUUGCAACAAAAACCUAUCGAGAGUUUUUGUAAACAAAAUCAAACCCAACAAACCAAUCGCAGGUGUGUGUGAUCAGAAGUAGCAAACAACUGCAUAUGGUAAAAAUGGAUAAAAAUAUUGUAAUUAUUAAACCUCCCCUUUUGGGUCGUGGGCCACACGAGGGCAGGCGAUUGCACCCACUCCCGGUUUUAUUCUUGGUUCUUCUUAACUUAGACUGGUUGAUUUUUUAUCUUUUUGAUUUUCAACUAUCUUCUUUUUCCUAAACUAAGUUGCACCUAACUGAUAGGUUCGAUCGAGCAAAUACUACUACGAAACAAAAAGAAAAAAAAAAACAAAACUAAGAGAGAAUACAUGUGUAAACAUUUUGUUUUUGGAAGCAAAGUGCAGAAAUUCAUACUUUAGACUAGGAGAUUUUCGGCAUCCGGAAGGCCUCUCCGGUUCGUCGGGAAUCCGGUCAAACACCAAAGAACGGUCUUCUGUCGCUGCGCAAUAGCGUUACGUUCGAGCUGACGGGAAGGAAAAAAAUAUGACUGUUUUGUCUUGUAUAUACUACCACUAUUUAUUAUUAUUUGUCCAGAUGUAAUAAAUUAUUGUUUAUUUUUAUUGUAUAAAAUUAUUAUCUAAAUUUUUAAAAAUAUGAACAGAAAGAAAAAAAAAAGUUAUUUGAUUCGUAGCGAGUUGAAUUGUUUAGGUAGCAAAAUUUGUUUUCCGUUUUUUCGGUACAACCAUUUUGGCAACGUUAGGACGAAAAUGGAGACGGUUCCAAUGUUUGGCUAUUUUCAGAUUAGGUUCUAAAAGUUCAUUCCUAGCUUAAAGUGCACUGUUUCGGCUCAAAGAAGAAAAAAAAUUAAAAUACAAAGUAACGCUACGGUAGAGAAGGGGAAGAGGGCUCACGACUCUCGGCAGCUCAAACGAAAAAAAAAAACGUUAGCCCAUGCAGCAGAUGAUCGUACUUUUGCUGUACGCACCCGACGACGACGACGAUGACGACGGAGAGGUUUUUCGUUCCAAAAGCGAACAAAAAAUUAAACUAAAUAUCGAACGUUGUUGAAACAGACAAAAUCAAGCAAAAAAUUCUUUUGGCGAGGACGAAAAAUUGUAGAUAGCCGUGUCCGUAAAAAGUAAACUAUUUUUACAUUAACAAAAAAAAACAAGUAUAAUGUUAAGAAAUAUAAAUUUAGACUUGAGGCGAUGUUCUAGGAAUGUACAUUUUACGUGCUGUAACUUUGGAAGAAUGUCAUUAUUUUACAAUGCCGCAGUUGUAUUGUUUACCAAUUAAAAUCACCAUCUAAUUAUAAUCAAUCUUUGAAAACAAUCGCAGGUCAGAGGAGGUCAUUUUCAUGCUUGAAGCAUUCCGCUUUGAUGUGGCGAGGAUUUUUCGAAAUUUUCAAUCACACAACUUUUAGACAAAUUACUAACGCUAGAAAUUAUUAACCAAUAGUGCUAUAAACAACUAUGGCAACGAAAAAUAAAAUCCUUGCCGCAUAGAAAGCAGCUUGCUUCGGGGAAAACCUAGUAAGACGUAUAGAUUUUCUUCUAAAAGUAUCUGCAUCAUACCAAAGUUAAUCAAAGGAAAUUAAAACAAUAAGUUUUCACUAGUCUAUACUUUAACUGCAGGCGAUUGUGAUUCAUUUUUUUUCUAUAAAAUACGCAUCGUUGCAUUUAGAAUAGAGCAUAUUUUGGUUGUCAAUCUACUGUCGACUUGAAAUGAAUAACGUAUAACACGAGUAUUUAGGGUGACGCAGGCGAGGAACGAAUUCGUCUGUAAUUGCUGGAACAUCAUCAAGACGAGAGAGGUACAAACUAGGUACUAUUAGUGGUACGAGAUAGCGUUAUAGUGAGCCAACUAUUCUCCUCCGAACUGUUUAUUUCGAUUUCGGACGAAAGAAAAUGCCAGCAGAAAUGGCUAAUAUAUUCAUACAUGUUUUAAGGUGAGUUUCCUAGUCUUAUAUAAUUCAGUUUACCGUUUCUGAAAGGAGGUAACACAUUGCAUCGUAUUAAAAUUAAAAAAAAAAAAACAAACAUAUUUUUGAAAGUAUCAAUCAUUCUGUACGAAAAAUAAUUAAUUUAAAUUUUUGUAAAAAUUAGUACACUAACCUAUUCGGUAAGAUUUUCAGCUUACUUAAACCAAAAAUAUGUAUAACCGUUUAUUUAAUAUGAAGUGAGGAUAUCAAGAAAAAUGAGUUAUUUUUGUAACUGAAUUAUGAAUAACUAUUAUUAUUGACAUUAAUGGAAAAUGUACAAAAAAUAAUAAAUUCUAAUCGUAUGAAAAGUUAUCAAUCAAAAUUUUUAUAAUUUCCGAAAACUAAUUGGCAAAACAUCCGUUUUAUUUUUUGUUGUUACGAAAAACCCUUUUUUGUUGAGUUGAAUUCGUUUAUUUCUAUAUCAUGUUAGUUCCAGGCGUGGAACAAAAAAAAAAAAGAAUGGAAGCAAAAGAGUCGGGGUCCUACAAAAAAAGCUUAAUAUAAAUAUUUAUUAUAUCAUGCCUUCAAAAUUUUAACGACAAUGUAACUGAAAUUGUGAUAUUAAAAAUAUAGCUCCCGGACGGGCGGAUGGCCGAGGAACCAGUCGCCUGGCCAGUCGAAAGUGUGAGCGCCCGCUCAGAGGUUCCUAUAGAUUUUAGACUUUACUAACUAACGCCUACUAGCGUGCGGAUUCGGUUGUCCAGGGAGAUACCCUUUUUUCCCUUAGAAACCACCGGAACCAUGCGCCGUCCAAACACCGUGCUGUGAUCGAGCGCCCCAAUUUGCGCCGCCAAAUAUAGUAAAAAAUAAAAGAAGAAAACGACACUUUCGACACCAGCCGGCCGGAAACCUUCGGAGCGUUCCUCGCGUGGACAUCCGAGCCCGGAAUGGAGAAUAGUAAAAAUUAAGGGAAAUUAAAUUUUUGGGAACUCAAAUUAAAAAAAAAAUAAAAACAGAAAAGUCUGAACUCACACAAAACUUUGGAUAUUUUUAGGCACGUGAUAUAAGAUAAAGACAAAAAGAAAAGGCUUUCAUUACUAUCACACAAAAUUUUACUGUUUGGAUGUGUUUUGGUGGAAACAAGAUUUGACAAAACUUUUGGAAUCACGAGACAAGGCAUUUUUCAGUUUGAUUUUAUUGUUGAAUUGUUUGACGAUACCGAGAAUCUAGCGCCCAUCUGUCAACGUAUUUCGUUCCAAAGAAAUCCCGAUCCUGUACAUCAUCAUCUUGACCAGUGUGCCGUACGGGAGUUUCGCAGGAAAAAAAACUGAACCGACAGCAAGUCACGUGAAAAACCUAGAACUCCUCGGAAGCUACGGUGCAGCGCUUCGAGAUCCAGUGACCAAACAGCAAACACAAGCAGACAUAAAUGAAAAUAGAUAAGGCAUUAGUUCAUAAGCAACUCUCAACUUACAAUUACAAUAUAAAUGGUAGUGUUACAUUAUAUUUCAUUAUUAAAACCAAAAUAUAACUUACUCUUAUAAUCAGUGUGUUUUAAACAAUAGUAUUGCAAGCAAACAAACAAUAGCCUACUCACAUCGUAAACAAUAAUCAACCGAACAGUAAAACAGAAUUUCAAUUGUACCACAUCUCGGUCACUGGUUCCGAAGGAGUGUUGAAUUUGGACGCUGCACCGUGGAUCAAAGUUACCGGACAGGUCUCGGGACUCUGGGGGCAGAAUAAUUUACGGAAGCCGGUGAAAGUGACACGCGAACGUUUUUCUAACACAAGCACACACAAACAAACAUUCACACAUGCACACACACACAUACAUACAUCCUGCCGACGGCCAAAGUUGGCCGUUCCAUGGUUCCGUUGGUUCACUGACCCGCAGAGGAUGCUUCGUUAGGGUGUUGGUAAUUUCCGUUGCGUCGGAGCCAAACCGUUCGACCACUCGACCACCGGGACCCACGAACUUCUGCCAACACUGGUGUGCCCGGAGAUAACCAAAAAAAAAACACUCCCGCCACCAAUAUUGGCGGAAGCAAAAGUUGUGGUAUUCUGUGGUUUUGCGCGAUUUUCAUCACGGUCCACAACUUUACCGUUCCCUUAUCCUACCAUCAGGGCGUGGUCAUCUCGGUGGACCACGUGGCGUACGAGACCUAGUUUUGGGUACCCUCUUAACUGACCGUCCUCGCCUUCGCCAUGGUUCCACGCCAUGGGCGGCCACACUUCGAACGGUCCCGCUGGUUUCCUUAGGAAAACGCAUUCGCUAAGAUCCCCGUCGUCCCGCUGUCCACUGUACCGAAGAAAAAAAACGAGUGCGCCCGUUUAAGUACAGUGGAAUUACCAAAGAUUAUACGUGUGUUCCGGAGUGCAAACCGUGUCCGGGUCCAUUUCGAGGGAUGGUUAUCCCGGAUAAGCCAGUUGGUUCGACCUGCUACUUCAGGGACUGGUGGACAAAAAACAACCGAUCGCGAUUGGUGAUGGUUCGAUCUAGGUUAUCAGAUGGCGCUAAUUUCCGUUUCUAUUUGUUUGGAAAAUGGAUUUGUGUUUUUCGAUUUUUUUUUAUCUGUUCAAAUACUCUAUUACUAUUUCUAUUUUUUUGUUAUUCAACCUCUGAUUGGCAUAUGAUUGGCGAACAAUUGGCAACAAUGGUAAGUGCUCAAAAUUACUUCUCCAUUUUCAGGAACAGUCGAUCCAAAAUUUCGGCGAAAAUAAGUAAAACUUUUCCGAUAGUUGAAUCAGUCAAUUUAUUUUUUUUGUACAACCCUAUUAACGUCAUAAGAAAAAUACAACACUUACGUUACGACUCGUUACCGUCAAUGCAUUUCGAACGGGUGCUCGCGAAUUAAAGAGAGCAUACUUAAAGGCGAAUAUGGCAGUGACGAAUGGCCAUGAUGAAGCGAGCGUCAAUUGGCGGUUAGGUCCGAUCGAGAACGCAUUAACGGUACUGGUUCGUAUUCAUGGCAAAUGAUAAACAACCUUGACACAUCGAUGUGAUUUUCUUUUCGGUAAAGUAGAUCAAAACUUUGAAUAGUUGGCACCGAACGGUCAGCAGAAAUCCUUACUCAAGUUCAAUUAACGAUACAAUAAGCCCACGACAGCAUUUAGUUCUAAUUUAUGCAGAUGUAGAAAAAUCCACAGUUACGUAAAAGUACCACAAACGAAAACAAACAGUUUUGCAAAAGAAGCACCCAAAAUGUACACACAAGCUACUAAAUUUAAUGUUAAUUCUCAGAUGAAACAAAAAAACUAUUUUAGGAUUUCAUUUCAAUGGCUCACAUUUAUUUUAAGAGUGUGUUCAGUAAGUGCAAUCUGAUUAAAUUCUAGAUCGAUUGCGAUCCGUUACAACCACCAAUAGAAUGGAACUUAGUAAUAGUUUUCAAACUCGGAUAAUAUUUCAUUGAAUCGAUCACCAGUUCAUAAUUAUUUACAGCUACUAAUCUCUUCCAUUUAGGAAAAAAUAACAUCAAAAUAAUCCGAUUUAAAACGAGCGAACGGUAAAACCACCGUCAAACGAAAUGGAAGAUUUCAUUUGGAUUGUGCUACAUCCUACGUUAGAACGAGUUUUGGUAUCAGAGAGCUGAUACCUUUCAAAAAUUAACACAAAAUCGAUCUACGAGUACUCAAGCGCAAUGCUGAACCAACACUAUUAGUCAAUUCAUCAUUAUUUUCUAGUUCCAAUAUAAUCUUGAACGUAAUAAAAUUACAAUUAGCGAAAGAAAUGCGCUCAACCAUCGUCAAGUAUAAGAGAUUAAUUCCGGAAAAAAAACGCAAUACAGUUUACAACAUUCCAGAGAUAAUGAUAGGAACAAAUCACAAUAAACAAAUAGAACUAAACACACUUUGUUAAGCAAUUAUACAAUCAAAUGCGAAAUACUGCGAAAGCACAAUUACGUCUAGUGAACAAGUUUUGGACGUACAAUGAACUCAUUUCGAAGGAAUGUUUGGCAUACUUUUGACAUUAAUUUCUGCAGGACAAAUUACAUUUUUGGAAACAAGAAAGUUUGGUUCAUUCUCGUCAUUGUGUUUGUCAGGAUAAUAACAAAACAACAAAAAAAGAUAUCAACGAAACAACAGCUACAAUAGAAAUAUAACCAAACAGGAUUACCACAACCCCAUGAAAUAGGCUGAAAAGCUGGUGCAGCUUUUCAGUAACAGGAAACAAAAAACCAAAAAUAAAAACAAACGGACUCGACUAAAGAGAUUCAACUUCACUUAAAACGAACUCAGGGAAUAAUGAUACAACCAUUCGAUAUUUUCAUAUACUACCGAGCAACAACUGUUUUCAGUUUGACACAGAUUUAAAUAGCAAGUAAAUACUAAUGUUUAAUUAUCGUAACGAUCUCAAAUUCAAGUAAAAUAGAAUAACACAUAUAUAAUCAGUAUUUGUAUUUACAGUAAAUAUCAAAACAUCAUUGUAUAAAAGAAUCGAACAUAUUCCUCUCCCCCCCAAACCCAAAUCUACACAACCAAUAGAUAAAUACAAUAAACAAAACCAUCAUCACACGUUAGAAUUGUUGAAAAACUGGAAGCACCAGUGAUAGGACAAAAUUCCAUGAAACUAACUGAAAUCAAACUUUUUUCUAACUUUCUAACCAAGACGUACGCAAUCAACAUGCACAAUGCCAACCAGCAUAAAAUGGAAAAACUAAACUGCGUUCAGAAAUCAACAGAUCGAACACGAAUGUAACAGAACAAAACGAAAAAAAACAUCACCACAAAUCAGAAAGUUGGAAAAGUGGAGAAAACUUUUCUUUCUAUAAUUUACCUUUAGUUUUCUUAAUACAGUGAAAAAUUGCAAGCAGCUGCUUGAACCAGAGGAAAAUGGUGAAAAAAUAUCUCCCUGCCGUGUGCACGAGCGGAGGAGAAAGCUGCUUGAAUCUCCAGCAGGAUUCAAAACACAGGAAAAGAAUGAAAAUAUGGAUAUCAAAUAAGAUAAAUAGGGAACCAUACUAUGGAGAUCAGAAAGCGAAAAAAAAAAACAGACAAAUUGAUUUGAUACUAUUGUCCAAAGUAAUGAAACAAAAUUAAAUGAACUAAUCGGCGAGAGAAAUAUUGGGAGCCAAAUUGGAAAACAUUCCGAAUGGUCGUUCUCUGUGACGACACAGGUGAGAAUCGGAAAUUGGUAAAUCAAAAUCAAACACCCAUCAUUACGAAAUUUGUUGAUUCUGGCAAAAAAAAAACGAAAACAUCGAUCGGCAGAAAACGUAAACAAAAUUUUCCAAAUUACUUUAUUUGGACCAAAUACAAUACAACAUCAUAAGAGCUCAGCAAAAAAAAAAUCAAACAGUAAUAAUUUGGUGAAUUUUUUGAGAGAAAGAAAAAAAUGAAUAACACUAAACAAAUAUUCAAAUUAAAUAUUGUAAUGAGAAAAAAACUUAAAAAAAAAACAAAAAAAAAUCUGUAUAAAUUUUUCAAAAUAUUUAAAGUGGUAUUUUUAUAAUUCCAAAUAUCGAUUGUUUAUCAAUUAAAUUCUAUUUUAUUCGUUCUAAUAUGUAAGUUGAAAUGAAAAAAAUUAUCGAAAAAAUUGUAAUAUUAAAAAUCUCCGCGACCGAGCAAUCGUCGACAAUGGACUGAAACGUCACAACGUGCAAACCGGCGUGUGCGCCCCCGGGGGACACCCGUUAGGCGCUCGAUCCACCCAUUUCCGGAUGAUUCGCCGAUGCCGAAAGGGUACCGGGGUCGAGGUCCGAGUGAUUGGCACUACUACUGGAAACAGAUUCGCUCCCCACCCGGUCCCGCAUUCGAUUGGCGAUGAGCGGAAAUAAUGCUGGGGAAACAGGAAGCGGACCACCCCGGGUUCGGUGCGGUACGCGCAAUCGGUGCAAGUUCGCUGCGUUCAUUCUAGCAGGCCAGAUGAUGAACCUCAGUGCACCUCGACUUCUGGGGUGUAUCCAGAGGUGUUCGAUUCCGGCGUGUCCGCGAUUGAUCGGUACGCACCCCAUACACUUAUACAUUUAAUGCAAGAAAAUAAAUUUAAAUACAACCUCAAAUUAUAACAACCAAAAUCUGAUCACAAAAAUUAACACAAGAAUGAAGAACAAAUUCAAAACCAAUCAAAGAGAAGAUCGCGUAACGAUCGUUUCUUGGAUUCAUGAAAAAUAAUUAUUUUUCGAAAUGAAACGAAACAAAUCUUAAGAAAAUCGUUCGGCGAAUCACUUUUCAAACAGUCUGGCUAAUGAAACAAAAACAAAAACAUCACAACGAGGACAUCUAGAAUGGGUUACGAUAAGCAACCCAACAAAAAUCCAGCAUUUUUGACGCAAAAUGAUGAAAAUCAAAAUAAAAUAUAAGAAUUUUAUGUUAAGUUUAAGGACAAGAUAAACCGGAUCAAUACAUAAAAUCUGAUCAUAAGUUUGUUAGAUAUGAGUUUCCUUACGAACAGUAAAUAUGAAUUAGGGAGAUUCAUUUUUUUGCCGAUGUCAAACACGUCCAUCGGUUUGACGCAGGUAUUAUCAUUCUUAGUCAUCUGAAGACUUUAAUUACAACUUUACUGAACCUGUUUUGUUUCCCUACAAUAGAAUUUUAUACAGAUUGCUGAGCAGAUUUAUAACGGUGACUAGUUCCUCUGAACUGAAAAUUUAACCUCCGGCAAACAUGAUCUAAAAUUGGAAUAAUUCGGCUCAAUCAUCACCGAGGAAUGCAUCGAUAAAUCUGCUCAGGGCAUAUAAAAUGAACUGGAAUAAUUUUUCAUCAUUUAACAGAUAGCAAAUUUUUCAUUUCCAAUUGUGUAACCAUCCUUAGUUUAAGCAACAAAUAAAAAAAACAUACACAUAACAAAUAACAGUCACGCAUCAGAAAUUUUCGAAAAUUUCACAGUGUUUACCAAACUGCUCUCGAGACACAAACAAAAAAUGUAUAACUUUAUCCAGGAAAAAAAUUCCAAAUUUGUUGAUAUAAAUAACAUCUAGCAAACAAUUAUCAGCGAUACAACAACAACAACAACAACAUCAACAAUAAUAACAACAAACAUCAAAUCUAAUCACGGAUGGAAUGAAGAAUACACACAUCUCAGGUCAGGAUUGACGCCGGCAACACCUAGUAGAAGAAGAAUUAUAUAACAGUAAUAAUCGAACAAUUUUCACUUCUAUUUUUUGCAAUAGUAAAAAAUAUAUUCUCAUUCGUCUCACAGCACCCCUCAGCUGGAGUUACUGGAUGGCAAUAUAUGGAAUAAUGUUUUUAGUUUGCAAUAGAAACCGGAAAUUACGGCUGGGCCUAUUGGUCAGACAGGUUCGCCUACUGCUGUCCACAGUAACCAACCCGACUGAACCGUGGCCGAUAGUUUUGGUCGUAUGUUUUAAUGACAAUACAAAAUGACAUUUUUAUUUCUCAUAAUUUUUCACUCAAAACCAACAACAACAACAACAACAGCAACAAACAAAAGCAGCAACAAUUGUAACAACAUCCUACAACAGCAUCAAUUCAAGGAAUUAAAAUUUGGGAUGGCAAACAACAGCUCGCCGAAUGAAAAAUUAUUACAAAAUUGACAAGAACUUUCAACAGAAGAAAACAACAACAACAACCAAUACGGAUUCAUAAAGACGAUGAAAGUUUUCAACGUUUUUCCAUUUAAUUUGCAAUAGACAUAACCCAACUGAACGGAGUGAUGUUACUAUUCGAAGCGGUCCUGGAAUCCAGAUCAUGAAUCUGUCCCCGCCUCACGCUCUCCAACCGACAACAAAAUAAAGUUAUUCCCUCCAUAGCAGCGGCGUAAACAAGCAGGUUAAUUUUCCCCAUUUGUCGAGCUGAACAAGCUUCAGGAGCGAAUCAGCGGUUGAAUGGAAAUUUUGUAAUUAUUGUAAACAAACUGUACAUAGAUCUCUUCAACCGGAAUGCUCGAAGCCAUCCCCGGUAAUUCCCCGUGCAGGACCAAUCACUGUUUAGUAAUAUCACUCUUAGUGAAAAACUACACAAAUAAAGCAAAAAAAACUGAAAUAAACCGGAAUAAUUUAAAGUACAACACAACCAUUUUUUAAUAAUAAUAUAUUAAACUAACAGAAGAAAACAAUAGUAAUUAAUGAAACAAGAUGAUAUAUUUAUAUUUUUAUACAAAUCUUAUUACAGACAAAAUCAUGCAACCAUAAAAUCAGUAUUUAAGCGAAAACGAAAAGCGAGAAUACUACAAAACGAAACCAAAUUUAAGCAAACAGGUACGAAACUAGAAAAUAAACCCAGAACAUCGGAGAAAGAUAUAGAGAGAGAGAACAGUAAUGAUUGAGCAAGAACAAACACACACAGAUAUAUAGUCGUUUAUAUAUUGAAAAUCUUAAUCCGUAAAUUUACCAUUAAGCAUCCUUAUUUGAUACAUUUUUCUUUUCCAAAACAAAAACAAAGCAAGAGACAACAUAAUGAAAAAAAUAGAAAUAUGCGCGAACACUGACGACGAAUCAACAAAUUCCCGCUUACGAACAAGUUAAGCAACAACCCAAGCAAGAAAAAAUCAGCAAAACUGAAACCUUAAAAAAAACAAAGCAAAAAAAAUGGCAACACGUAAAUCCACUUCUUAAAACCAAGAGGAAACACUCAGCAGACUGUUAAAAAUGUGAUCAGAUAUAUAUUAUAUAUACUAAUACAGUAAUUUAUUAGACAAAAAAAAGUAUAUUCAAUGAGGUAAAAUGCAUUAAACAACUCACAUUGUAGGAGUAAACACAAAAAUAAAAAAGACACAAGUGUGAAUGUCAAGAAAGCAGAAGAGUAAAACAUAAGCUACAUAUUCAUUAAGGUGAAUCUUUAAGCGUAAAGAAAGAAGCUGAAUGAAUAUAAACACAAACGUAUAUUUUACUUUUUCUUGUUCUUCUUUUUUUACAAAUAUUUGCGAAUAUUCGCUGUUUAAUAUUGAAAUUUUAUAUACAAAAUGUUUUUAUAUAUACACCAAAUUACGGAAGCGCACGCAGAAACAAGAAAACAAAGGUAAAAAACUCUAAGUGAAAGCUAGCGAACUAAGACGAAAAUAAAAAGCAAAUAUUUAUACCGUAAACGAGUAAAUAGAAGAGUACACAGGACAACAGAUCCGAGACGAAUAUAUAUAUUUAUACAACAAAGCAUAUAAGUUUACACAUAAAUAGCGCAAUAGUGAAAAAUUGUUAAAAAAUACGAAAAUUUUGUAUUUCGGAUAUCGAUUGCUGUUGAUUAGUCGAUCGGUAUCAAUUGGUUUGACACUUAAAGAUAGUAAAAUUCCAAAAGUUAAAAAAAAACUGUCAAGUUACAAAUCGCAGCCACAGGUCCGGAAUACAACAUUUUCCUAUUAUACAAAAAAAACCAAACCGGAUUUAGUUCACAUUGCAUCAGUUCAUUUGAAAUAGUCUCUGUACGUUUACCUUGGCGACCGAGUCUGACUCGGUUCUUUAGAUUCGUGACAGCAAUUAUGCGAAGGACGGCUAUAUUCGAAAGGUGUCAACCGAUAUUCUCGGCACUGAUUGGCAUGUGGUCCUGACUUGGCCACCACGGAACCGUUAGUGCGGUUUCGUGGUGGCCAAAAUAAUGAGGAUCCCAUUUCCAUGCGUAUUUUUCAUGUUGGUACGAGUAACCUUUGAACGUUGUUUACCUCACUAUCAUUACAAUAUUCGAAUUCUGUCAUUCCUUCUUGGUAGCAUAAAUCUUCAAAUGUCUUCAGACAGUGCUGAAAAAGUCUGUGAAUUUGAAAAACAUCUGCGCACUUCAAGUUCCCUAUAAAGUAUGUUGAACGAAAUCGGUGUAGCAUGCAGAAAAAAUAUAAACUCCGCCGAUUUUAAGUCUAUAGUUUGAGACGAAUAUCUGCGAAAAAAACAGCUUUCAGAAGUCUGUUUGGUUUUUGGAAUCUGCAGAUUUUCUGUCAAAUCUGCAGAUCUGGCAUCUCUGCUGCAUACUUGAAAUAUUUCUAAAAACUUAUCUGUGACUGCAGCGCCGCCCAAGCGGCAAGCAUGGAUACUGAUACUGACUCCCAGUUUAACAAUAUCGUUCUAAACUGCUUAACACAAGACUGAACGGCUUUGAAACACUUUUGUUAAAAGUUUCACUGGACUGCCUUGCGGAUAUUCGCCAUGAAAAAACCUGGUAAAGUGUUUUACAUUUGUUCAAAUUUAGUUCAAUACACAUUCCGUGAUCAAUUCAUUAGAUGUUACGUUUGAUCGACGCAGUCCAUAUGCGAGAAUUCACUGAACAAGAACUCAGUAUUCAACAAAAGUUCAACGAUUUUAAAACACUUAGGCAAGUUUCAAAUAUUCUUUCAAAAUUUGAUAACCUUCCUUAUACUGUUUUUUGAAGAAAAAAACACGUUGAAAUUUCUGGAUUUUGAAGUGUAAAAAGUAUCGUUCAGCUUCCAAAUUUAUACACCUUCAUUCAAGUUUUCGUGAUCUCUACGUAAAUAAAACAUUAGGCAACUAUAAUUGAGAUUCGCUUAUUGUAUUCUUUAAAAUAUGAUUUAAAUUCACUUUUCUUCGUUUCCUCUCGAGAGACUUUUGCUUGGGAAAAAUUUCAAUUGAAGAAUAACAUUAGAUUGAAUUAUAAUUGUUAUACGGUAAAAAAAACCUUUCUAAUAAGAAAAUUUCAAUCAAUCUUGAAUCUUCUACUUUUCUAAUCUGCAUUGCUGUUACCUAAUGUUUGAGAAAAACAAUUUAAAAAUAUCGAUCGUUCAAUUAAGGCAUGUAUUCUUUUCGAAUUCUGUUGAUUCAAUUGCCAUUUUACACUCAGAUUCCCUAAUUCGAAGAUUUACAAAACGUCAGUUACUCGAACUAAACCAAACCAUAAGCAAUUGCCAUAAGAAGCGUGUUCAAAUAUGCUUUCGUACUACAUAAGUGCCCCAUGCUUGAAUAUGUCCUCCCAAAAUAGUUGCUUGUUUCGAUUAUCCCACGAAGAGCAACGGAAUUGCCAGUAAACGUACAGCAUAAACAGGGAUUUUAACACAUAAUUUUUGAACGUGAACCAAAACCAACACAAUCUUAAGCCAGCAGAUUCCAGCACUCACGUAUUUCCCGUAGGAAAGUGUUGAAAUUGUGAUACCAAAACCACUAGGAUAGUGAUGAAUUCUUACAGCUCUCUAUCAUCGAGGAAGGAUGCUGGAGGAACGCAUAACCAGGUGCACAAUAGAAUACAAAUUCGAUUAACACAACAAAUUAUUCAGUUCCAUUUUCCUAACUACAACUUUUACCUUGUUUGUCGCGAAAUGAAGAAUAACAACGGACCAAAGUUCGCAAAUUACCACAGAACUUGUCUACCAAUCCGAAAUCAUUGACAGGAGUUAACCCACUUCGGACGCAGGAUCAAUCUACCGAAACCUUGAUAUGACCAGCUACGAGGGGAGUUCAAAGUGCAAUCAGGUUGCCGUACCGUAGAAGAUCGGAACCGGUUGGCAAACAAUAUCAGCCCUUUUCUUGUCUCUGCAGCACACACGCACAUUGGCACAUCUCGAACAGUGUUGGCGAUAUCCGUCGUGCGUCGUGCUAUAGAUCGAAACAGGGAAGUAAUUGGUGUUUUACGCGCAAUUCUACCAAGAUCCACACUACAGAGAAGUUUACCAUGGAUUCUUACAAAAAAUAAAACAAAGCAAAAAUCGGAGUUCCACGUGCGAAAACAGAAACAAAACACUUCAUUGGUAGUUUCAGCGUGAAACAGGAGAAUUUAAAACGUGAAUGAUAAAAUUUAAUAUUCGGCGAUAUUCUGCUCAUUGGCGGUGACAGGCAGUAUGAAUCGAGGUUUGAAUGGUUGACUAAUUUUAACGAAAUUCUCCUUGCAAAGUUUGAUAGCGUAAUUUUUUCCCAAAGGAUCCUCCCAAUGCCUGUAUUGGAAAAGUAACUUACUCCAAAACCGAAGGGGUUCAAACCAUUUGUACCAAUUCAGUUCAUAGUUUAAAAGUACCUUUAGACUCUAAAACGAGUUUUCUUUUAAGAGAAACUUGUUCAUGACGAAAAAAAAUAUUUGAAGAUACUUAUUGUUCAAAUGGUCGUUUUUUUUGUAACUUAUUACUACCAUUCUGUGGUAUAAUGUUUGAAGUCUAUUCAUUUGAAAAGCAAAUCUGUUUCCUGAAAAAAAUUGCAAACAUGAGAAAUUCAAGUUUGGAAAACAAUCUUAGCAAUAACUUGCAGGAUAUUUAGGAUAUUUAAUUAACUCAGUUACGGGUUUAAAAACAAUGUGUUUAGACAUGGCUUCUAAAACACUCAUUUAGAUACGUAGAACUUUGGCUUAAGAUAAAAAGAAUUGAAUCAGCAUGCAUCAAAAUAAAAUAAAUUUUCUAAUAUAAGUCAUUUAUAGACAUUCACGGAUGCAUCGUUUGAUCAAUCGAUUUUUUAAUUCAUACAAUUCGAAAUUAUUUUUGAAAUUCUUAUGGGUUCUAAAUUGUGCUACAAUAAUUGAGGUAAUAUUGUCCUCUCCAUGGUAAAUUGAAUGUGUGACAGUUCGAAAUGUUCACCGGAAUUUUAGAAAAUCAGCAAACUGUCGUUUCAUCAUAUUUGGUGAGGAGAUUUGACACAUAAAUUUUCUUCGCAAAAAAGUCGACCGAUGAUUUAAAACUCUGAACACUGAUCUCAGUGUUCAAGCGAAAGGUAUUGUCGCUGCAGCACUAAUCUGCAAUUCGCUGGACAGUCCAGCGCAGCGACGUUGCCGAGCGACGUCAGUUGAACUGCCAUUUCUUAUACAUCAACUGAUAGAAUCAUGUUACUUUAUACAUAUUUUGUUGUCUUGUUUAUGAACCACGUGCUUCAACAUAAAUAAAUACAUUGUCUUGUCUCCACUAUCGAAACACAUAACGAUGGAAUAUUACUUUCUGAAUGCGCUUAAAGUUGAUAAUGUAUGUUUGGAAACCAAUGGGUUUGACACCGAACGUUACAAGGGAGUAAAUUUUCGUACAAUUAUGAAUGAUUAAUAUAUUGCAUGACAGUCUACAUACCAUUGGUGCACAGUGAACUUCGCUGGAGCAACAUAAUCAGGCGAGAGAGACGUCGCUUCCGAUUUUUAUCUGCAUGCAAUGCCAGUUUUUUGCGACUGCUGCGCCGCACUCUUGACAAGCACAGGUACUGUAAACAUAGUGGCGGAAUCAAUCUGCGCUGACAUCAGCGCUGCCAACUAUACCGAUUUCUCGGUAUUUAUACCGAUUUUUGGACUCGAUACAGGAAUACAGAUAUGCUCUCUCAAAAUACCGAUAUUUCAAUUUUCAUACAGAUAAAUACCGAUUUUCAGUUUUUGUGUUGGAUUCCAUAGGGGCAAACCAGGUCGAGCGACCUUUUUUUUUUUUUUUGGUCGCAAAAUCAGUUUUCGCACUAAAUUGAUGUUUGAUUUUUCGAGAAAGAUAUUGUACAGAUAGUUUUUUUCGCCAAAUACAGAUUUUUGGAAAAAACAGUUGACAGCACUGGCUGACAUGCAGUAGACCCUGUCAGCUUGCUCAGUUAACUCGUCUGGAAUUUGAUUCAGAAUUCAGUAUGAUUUCCAAAUGGAAUCGCAACAACCGAUUCCGAAUCGAUCCGAGUCGGAAUCGGUUGUUGCAUCUGAUUCGAAAUCCAUUUGAAAAUCAUACUGAACUCCGAAUCAAAUUCCAGGCGAGUUGAUUGGGAUGGAGUCUGUAUCACAGGUUACACAUUAGAUAUUUGUGAAUCUUGUGAUAUGCUGACAGAUAUUUUUCACAGAUUCUUAUUUUGUUUUUUGAGCAUCACAGAUGAAAGAAAAUUGUUUUACUUGGAAACUCAAGAGGUUGCUAACUCUGUACCUCACCUAAAUGAUGAAUUUUGUCAACUACGACAUUUCAUGCUUAAUUUCUCGUGAAUCUUGCUUCUGGUUUAAAAAAAAAACAAAUAUUUGGACGAAGAUUACCUUCUGAUAUACUCAACUUGAUGAAUCAAUUUCUUUCUGGUUUGACGAAAAACCAUGUUAUUUUAUAUCAUCUGGGACAUCGAAGAUGGUGUUAAACAUCGAAAAUUCAUUUGCUAGGGCCAUUUUGUUGAUUUAAUGAGAACAUUGUCCAUGUAAGCAACGAAAUGCUUUCUUGAAUACAAAUGAACUUAAAGUUAAUUGUCAUUUAUUGACACUGACAUUCAUACAUGAUGCGUGAUCCCUUCUGAAUGUCGUUUUUCUUUUUUCAUACAUUUGAGAACAAAUCUUUACUAUAGCAGGAAAAAGUCUGUAUUCUAACAACUUGGUGUGCAUCAAGUACCGGUUCACCUAGGAAAAAUUUGAAAUUGGAAAACGAAAAAAUGCAUUUUUCUUCAUAAACUAGCUAAGCUAGGGUUUCCAAUUCCAGUUUUGUUCAAUCAGUUUUGAUGAAGAUUAAGUUCUUUCAGAUCACUUAUUAAAUUUUUGCAAUACUUUCUAACAUGCACGUACAUGUAAAUGUUGUGAACAAAAAUAUGAGUUAUGUAGUAGAAAUGUUUGAAAUCAAAGGCAUAAUGAAUCUGAAUAAAUCUGCCGUAUGAUUAAAAGAAAAUCCUUCACUGAAAUUAACUUCAAUGAAUGCUCACUUAUGAAAUGAAAUAAUAUUCUCGUUGUAAUUUUGGUAGUUAUGGGGAAAAUUGUAUUCCAGCGUGUUUCGCUUUUUCGUUCCUAUACACAAGAUCCUUUGGAACCAUUUGAAGCCCGUUCGACCCCUGUCAUCGUCACUGACACGCAAAGUUUUCAGUUCAGCAACACAAACCACAAAUCGAUUGGAUGUCGUUCUCUUAUUAUAGCCAAAUCAGGACCGUUUCGUUCAGAAACUCUCCGAUCCCGGACUCGUCGGUCCCUGGGGAGAGAACAUUUUGUUGUACUUUCUAAGCGAAUAGGUGAUACUAUUUUCUAUUGUAUGUGUACCACAGAAAAAAAAACCAAAACAAUUAACAGAGUAAAAGUCUACCAAGCAGCAAAAACAGCACAGCCGAAAUAGAAACAAUUUCAAAUCAAUAAUAAUUUCAACAAUAGUGCCAGAAAACUUUUAAAUAUUACAGUUUCAACAAUACAAUCUUAUUUUCGAUUGCAAUAACACAAACGAUAUUUUUAAACAGAAACGAUAAGGAAACCAAAAUGAAAAUUUACAAUAGCCAUAAUAGCAAACAAAACAAAACAGCGGAUAGAAAACAAACAUUCACACGCCAGAAACUAAUACAAAUCAAAUUUAGUGUGUGCAUUUAAGGAGGAAAACUCAUUGAAAUGAAAAACCGCUCAAGCGAGUAGCAAAGAAACCACUUUAGUGUAAGCGUUCAGUUUUAAGUAAGUGUAGUAAUUUUAAUGCAUUUGAACAAUGCAGAAUGUAGAAAAAUUCCUAUCAACUGUACACUAGAGAUAGUACAGGAUAACGCAAUGAAUGUCCUAUUAACCGACAAAGACACACCAAUCCGGUCCGAUGAUUAGUCGGAGCGAAAAAGAAAUCAGUUUCAUGGAAUUUUCGACAGCACUAUUUUCAACAAUUAUAACUACCACACACCGUCAAAUCUAAACAAUAGGAAGAAAAUAUCCUCCAACAAAUCGAUUGGAAAGGUUCAUAAAUCAGGAAAAUGAAUCAUUGGUUUUAGAUUUACUCUCGAAUUCGUCAACCGUUCAAUUGUACAGAUACCUAACUUUUCAAACUACAAAACACAGAACGAAUAGCAAUGGUGUAAGUGUACCCUUCUGAAACAGCUGUAGGCUGUACUGAUACCGAAAUCAAUACAUGCUAGUAAACAAAGCAAUACCGAGUCCGAGUGGGUCGAUUAUUGGCAAUCGACCUACGGAAUUAUAUCCCAAAAUACAUUCCCACAAGUAACAGCGAACAGUCUCAAUAGCAAACAAAACAGAAAAAAAGAAUCGAAAAGCAGUCGUCUUAACACACAGAGACUAAUAAGCCAUUUGGCUUGUUUGUACAUUGACAGUUGAAAUGAAUACACUCAUAAAUGAAACCCGUAAGACAGUAAGUCGCACCAACUCGAGCCACUGCACGUGUUCGUAGCUCGUAGAGUGCCUAGCAGUUUCUCUUGGUCAGGUAUGAGCAGUUCGCUGCCCGUUCAGGAUCGCACCACAAACGCGAAACGUGCUUUUGCGGGUAUCGAUUUUUAGAUGCGUGUCAGUGAGCAAAUCGUAGUGGUGCGACGCUGUCAACGUGAAAUUGUUCGCACUGGGAAAAGAUGAGUAUACUAAGCAAAAACAUCACAAUUCAGUAGCCGUAAUGGUGGAGGAAUGAACACUAGUAUAUGAAUUUAUCGAAUGGAAGCAAUCAUUUUCUCAAAACAAAACAAAAGAAACGGUUCAGGAUCAAACGGUGGGGUCUGUCUGGUUCGGGGCACCAUCAUAUAAUGCCGGGGACACAACCGUUUGAUUCUACUGAGUUCUUUAAGAAAGAAAAAAAAAACAAAACAAAUACAAUAGGUCUGCGGAUCCAACAUCUGCUGACAUCCUACUACACCGUCACUGUUGAAUAAGAAACGAUUAAUUCAGACUAGGCGAGAGAGAAAGAAAGAGAAAACAAUACCUUAGUUGUUGUUUUGACGCCGGACACUAGAGAAAACGUGUCCCGAAGAUGCAUUAGUAAACAUCCGAAUGAGAAACAGAAACAAACUGUGCGACUAAGAGUUGCAUGAAAUAUGUAUAGAACAUGUUAUCAAUUUGGAACCAAACAACAAACAGCACGUGGAAACAAAAAAAAACGUUCAUUAGAGUAUGCCACAGAAUAUAACGAUCAUGCUUUGUCCUUUAGUUGAACUAUAUGUUAUCCAGGAAAAUAAUUUCAACGAAUCAAACCCUCGAAGCAAGUGAAGAAAUCGUCUUGACAGUUAGUAAAUAGAGUGAACUAAACCGAAGCAAAAACUAAAGCUACUGAUUUGAAGUGUUAGAGUUGCGUUUGACAGUUUCAAUAUUUUUAUCUACUUUUUCGUGGAAGCUAAAAUCUACCUCAAAUUAUUAUAAAUUUUAAACGAAAAAAAUUGCAAAAAAACACGUUGAGAAAACAACAUACUAAAAAUGUAAAAACAUAUUUUUAAAUAUUAGACAAGCAAAACCAACAGAAAGCGAUCAAAAUCAGUAUGUUAUCUUAAUUGUUCAUUCUUUCCGUGCUGAACCUAUGUUAGUAUCAGGUAGUCAGUUUGCAUCAGUUACUCCAAACAAUUCAUACAGAGAACAGAAGAAAAAUCGAUUUCUCGAGCAGCGACAAAUGAACGGGAAAUUUGUAAAAAAAUCUGAACAUACACACAUACACAAAGCUCAACACUGUCGGCUUAGCGGAGAACUAACCCGAGACAGAUAAUCCUACUAGAUACGCGACGGUUUCAGUUCAGUGGGCAAUUAUAUGCUGGUCAACAAAAUUAAUCUUUUGACAGAAAUGUCACCGAGUACCGUCGAGGGUGAACGAGCAAACUUAGUUUUCAAAUUGAUACGCAUGUUCUCGGAAACGUUGUUGAGCCGAUCGUUUAUUUUUCUUUUCUGAGACCCAACUGCGAAAAAUAUUAACAACAGUAAUAGAAACGUAAUCAGCACCCAAAAGCAUCCAUUGUUUUUCGUUCCCACACAAAAACAAAAUCAAACCAACAAUAGCCACCAGCCAAGUGAGCAAAGGUGCUCAUGUUCUGCUUAUUUCUGUCAUAGCAAAACAAAAUGGAUCUGUAUAUUGCUUUGCCGAAACAUGAUUCAGGUUGAAACCAUAGCAAAAUAGUGAAUGAUUCGGUUUUAGUUGAUAUAAUUAUUUCAAUAUCUUAGUUGACGCAAAACUUUAGCGUUUUUUUUUUCUGAGACAGGAUGAUCCCUGACAGGUUCAUCAUUUUGUCGUCGGAAAAGCGUACUAUCCGUGUUUUCUUCAUAAAGCAUAUGUAAAAAGUGUUAUGUUCUUGUGAUUUUUCUUACCGUUUUCGCUAGUCGUAGGUCAUGGUGAGUAAAAGCAUAUUUACCUAUAGUAACUAAAGCUAAUAAUAACAAAAUUAGAAUUAAAUAAAACAAAGUACUAGAUGAAGCAUCAAUGAUCCAAACGUAAACUAAUGAAACAUGCUAACAUCUAGCGUCGUCCAGAACUUUCGAAUCGCUGUGGUGUCGACUGUGGGUUACGUGGGAACUUACUUCCAAGCCUUUCAAAAAGAAAACGAACAAUACCACAAAAAAUCUAAAACUAGUGGCAAAUUAGAAGCAAUACAUCCUAUCGAUUUGCCCACCACCGUCAACACUGAUCAGCACUGCCAUCUGCUGUAGGAAAGAAGUUUCUUCUCUCGGGCCUGGUUCCGGUGUCAUCUACAAUGACAGCAUCGGCACACACCAAUCACCACCAGGAUACAGAGUGAACGCAGGAUGACACCGUGACGAUACUGCAGCCGAUUCGAGCUAAUGUUGGUGAGAACAGUUUUUUGGUUUUCUAACGUACAACAAUCAGCGAAACUACACAGAAACAUAUACCAAGCAGGAAUGAAAUCAACACAUACCUAUAUCAGCAAAUUUCAAUCAGAUUUAUUACGAAUAACAGCCAACAUUUCAGUUUAUUGGUUUCUAGUAGACGAGUAUAGGUGACCAGAUAAUAAAGAUGUACGAAGAUAUCGAACAACUAACGAGCAAGUAAGCAUACAAUCUCAAGUAAGCAGCAAAAUUGUUUUGGUUCGAUUUUCGUUUGGGUACAGAGCAGACUACCCUAGCAAAUCGGAAACGGAAGCGGAAAACGUGGUUGAAGGUUUGCUACCAGGUAGUUUGUUUCCGUCUCCAUAGUCUCACAUUUGACAGCGAACAAUAUAUAAAGCAGACAAAGUUUCGGCCAUAUUUUGGAAACAAUUAAGAAAUAAACAUUUACCGGACAUUUUUAAGGAUGUUACCCUUCGGAGCACCGAAGGCAACAUUUUCACCGCUUUCGUUCCUGGGAGACCAGUUUCGUUCGAUUUCAACAGAUUAAGUUGAUUUACACACAAUUGCACACACUUUAAAAUAACGUUAGAAGAACGAUACCAUCCCGCUGGCUAACACAUCCUGCCGGAACGCGGGUUUAGAGUAUUCGUGUUAUGUGAGAUAACAUCAGGAAGGUAAGUGCAGGAAUGCUAAGAUCAUCGAAACGGGAGAUAAAAUAAGAAGGACAUUCCUUAUUAUUUCCAUAAGGGUGCUUGAAAAAGGACAACAAAUGAUACUCAAAUAGGCGGUCAAAAUUGAACUCAAAAUUCAACAGGUUUAUUGUUAAUUUGUCGAACGACGAAGAAAAUAAUAUUGCGUAAAAUGGAAAUCGAAAUCGUAAUUGUCAGCAAAAUUUUAUAUCAAAGAAAUCAUUGACUAGAUACUAGUCAUACUUCACAGCUGAAGGAGUUCACUGGCACUAGAUUUCUAUAGAAAAUACCGCUGGGGUGAAGUGUUCUACAUCAUAACUUAGAAAUUCAGUGAAAUCCACAUUAUUCUUGGGCAGGUGUGUGAACAAUCGGUUUCCAAAUAAGUCGAACUUCGUAUCGUACCAUAGGACUAAACAAAAUUUUAUUCAGCGUACCGAACCCUGCUCGAACGUACUGUAUUUUGUAGAGCUAAAAUCUUAUGCUAAAACUAUUAACAAACUUUGCAACCAGUAGCGACCGGUUUGUCGUUAAAAUAAAAAAAAACUCAGACCGACUGCAUAACGUAUCGAGACACUUCACCCUGCAAUUCAAUAUUCUCAGUGCCAACCAAAUCGGUCUUGCGAUACAGCAUCACUUAGCGAAAUGAUUUGGAAUCAAUUGAUUUUCUCCUCAGUUACAGAUUCCAUCGUACAUCGAUACCGAACAUAAACAACCAAACCAGCAAACAAAUUUCGGAAUAUUUCCAAUGCGACAAUAUAUGAAAGGAUCCGUCAGGAUAACAAACCAUAGCAAAAUAAAAGGUGAAAAGUUUAAAUACCUUCAGUUUAACAAAUGAUAGUUUUCGGAACUUUUGGAGACAAUUUUUUUCGAUUUUACGUUAAUCAAAAUGAAAACAAAACAGCAAAAACAAUCUACAAAAGAAACAAGUAAAAACACGUUCUCGGCAAUGUUUGGGAUUCCCGGUCUAAAAAUAUCACGAAAAAAAGUACAAGCUUAUUUGAAGCACCUUCGCGCCUUAUCUUUAAAGAAGAAGAAGUAUGAAGAAGAAAGAAGUAAAUAAGAGUAAAUUAUAACAAUGGAGAAACAUACAUUUAAACCAAUUUUGAGGAAACAAAUCUAAAAAAUAACAAAGAGACAAAAUCAUUGUGUGUAAUUUUUACCGAAAUCUGCCUUAAAUUAUAUUUUCUUAUAUACAAAAAAAAAAUGAAGAAAAUGUGAAAAUCUAAAAAUGUGAAUAAACAAAAAAAUAACUAUUGAAUAAUUAUCGAAAAUCCUAACUAGUGUGAUGACUUGCUGUACCAGAAAGCCAACGCAAAUGCAGCCAAACGGAAACGUUACGAAUUCGGGCGCAGUUGCUCGAACAGUAAAAACUAGAAACGAGCCCGACACCGUAACGAAAAAUCUUAAGAAUUUGAUGUUGUUCGAUAUUUUACUCGGUCUUAGUUCGGUUUUGAGAAAAAUCGUUUCAUUGAUUUUCUAUUUGGAACAAUUGACUGUGAAUAAGUUUAAUUUGAAAAGUCAAAAACGAAAGCAUUAUAAAAAUUGAAGAAAAGAAUGAAAAUAUUUUUGCAUGUCACAUCAUUGAUCAAACAACAACAACAUUCUGAAAGAUCGUGAAAGAAAACAACAAACGAAUAAAUCGAAAACUUCUUGAAACUAAGCUGAUAACAUUAGAUCCACAUCCUGUCACCAAAUCCGUUCACACAUGUAAGCAUACUGGUAUGAAGAAUAUUCAAGUCGAGCCACUGACAUGUUUACUCGUGGGAUGCGGAAAGUAGCCGAUGUGAAUACACUUACAAAAAUGUACACAAAAUGUAAAUGCUGAAAAUAGGAAAACCGGAAAACUAAACCGUGCUCACACUAGGCAAUACAGAACGUAGCCAGGUAUAGGAAAUGAUUGAAUAGGCACAAUCAGAUUUUAGUUUUGUUUUUCAACAUAAAAUGCAGAACAGAAGAAAUGGGUAAGCGAAUUCAAAACAGGCUUACAAAUGUAAUCAAAUUGAUAAAUGAAUUGAAUUACAAACAAACACAAACAGCAAAAGGGGGAUAAUGCGAGUAUGAAAGAAUCGCAAAACACACACACACACACAUAAACACUUUCACUGAGAAGAUCAUCCUGAAGAAGCGAGGAGCUUGCGGAUAAAUCAGUAAAUUCUGAUGAAAACACUUGCGGCAUGUGAUGCCACGUGAUUACUUUAAUUUUCCAAACAAUAAAACACGAACGAAAUGGAAAUACGUAUGAUAGUGUUUCCAAUGUGGGAUGUAGUAUAUGUAAAAACGUUGGAAACCAACCCAUUCAUCAGAGGAAGAUGACACUUUCUUAAUAAUUAUUAUAACUAAAAGCUAAAGAAAAUAUAUAAUUAAGAGGCAGAAAAAAAACAGACAGUAAUUUAUUCCCAAGCAAAACGCAAAAAAAAAAAUUAAAAACAAACUAUAUAGUCAUGGUAGCGGUUAUUUCUAAAACGCCAACAAAACUCUUGGUCACCCAUCGAGUAACAAACAAUUUCGGAAACCGGCAAAUUUUUUCAUAUGCACGGUCGACCACGCACCUCGCACUGGGCUCACUAAGUGUGGGUGCCGUGGCCAGCCGGAAGAGACAUUUCCGUUUUUAUCCCUUGGUUCACAAACAGGUUUUAGGUUAGUUAUCGAGGCAAGCUACACGUUAACAGGCAGCAGUAAUACGACAGAGAAAUAAUCUUUGAGAGUUAUGAUUUACAGGAUGCCACCACCGAAUGCAGGCGCUUAGCGCUUGCAGUACGACUUUACUGUUGAGAGGUCUCGGCACCGGUCCGAACUGGGAAUUGAUUCUCCAUCACCAGACCAGAGGCCGAGGCUUCUCCUCUGUUUAGCGGAUCGUUCGUAUGUGUUUAGUUGGCAAUGUCGUUUACAUUUCUUUUACAAACAUAUUUGAAAAUUCAUAUUUGAAAGUGGCAUUGUUUUCGAAAAAUGAUUAUGAAAUGUUUUGGUAAAGCGGGAAUCACCAUUUGGCAAGUGUCAUCAGACAUGCUGACAAAUGGCAGAACCAAAUUCAGAAUAAUACCCGAUUUGUUAUUUUGUUUUCAAUUGGAAAUUUUUCUGCGAAAUUCAAAAUUCUCAAAAAAGUACGAUCGAAAUCCAUUAAACUAGUUGAAUGACGUAAUAGGAUGGCUGUCGACUGUACCUAUUUUAUAUUCAAACCGAAUUUCAUUUGGCGUGUCCAGAUGAUUCAACCUAUUCAUUUUUCUACUGUAGAAAUAUAAAAGCAUAAAACGUUCAAGUGUUUCCCAAUAUAUUGAAAAUGCAAAAUUAUGGACGUUUUGCAACCAACUAAUGAGACUAAGGCGUUCGGUAAUGAUUCAAUAUUGGUUGAAUACAGGUCUUAUGUUGGGUAAUUUUCUUAACUUAGGAUCGGAUAGUUGUAGUGUCAGAUCCAAAAAAUUGCUUAGCAUGGGACCUGUUCGAAAUUAAUAUUGAACAGAUAUGAAACACUCGUGUCGGCCUCGAAUUCAUUCAUUUUGGGUACAUAUUUGCAUUUUUUUUUUAGUUUUCAUUGAAGUCUGGUAGAAAAGCCCGGUGAAUUACGCCAUAUAAGACUGUCCAUCAAUUCGUGAUAGUACCGUCAACCAAAAUAUCAAAAACCCAAUUUUUGACCAUUUUUUUCCGUGCUGGGACGAAAUGUGCUGAACUUUAUACUGCGGGGCACAAUAUCCCUUGGGCUGCUGCAGCGCCGCACUGGCGGCAAGCACAGAACAAUGGUGACGAUUAAAAUAUCGCCAGGCAGGUAUACCAUUUUGACUGCAGAUGACUUGAAAUUUCAAUAUUUUGUUGAUAUUUGGUAUUCACACAUGAUAGACAAUUCGUGAUCAGCAUAUAUUUCGGAGAAUAAAUUUUUAAAAAUGAUGUAGAAUUUAUUCGUAUUCUACUUCUGAAUUUUUCUGAUGCAUGAAUCAUCUGUUUACCCUUGAAUGUUUAUCAUUGCUAAAACAUUCGUUCUUUUGUUUAUUUUAUAAUAAGAUGAGUCGCAACUAGUUGAAAAUAACAACUGAAAAUUUUGUGUUGUAAACAUUCCUGAUUUAAGGAGCAAUCGACAACUAAGCCAUUGAAACAUAUUCAAUUUUCGAUGAUAAAUUUGGCCAAAUAUUUUCGGACAUUCGGUAGUGAAAAUGCGUCAUUCAACAGUUUGAAUCGGAACAUAGUUACAGAAUAGAACAAUCAUUUACUUGUCUAUUGGUAAACAAAUGAACAUUUCGACGACUUUUGACAUACACGAUGCAAAAUGUGAUCGAACAAUCCUCUUCAUGAUCAUUUUGACAAAAUAACAGCUUCAAUAUGAAUAGCAACGAAGUCUAAGCGAAAGCCUACACAAACGAGGCUCAGUUGCGAUCGUGUCCACGCAAACAGCCGAGCAUUCUCAAAACUGAAAUAGCCAUGUUUUUUAUCUCUGACACAAUCCAAAACCGUUUCUGCAAUAGUUACAAUGAAGGCAAUCAAAAGAAAUAAUACCAAAUCAACGUUUAGACUUUUGAGUUUCUUGUUUGUCGCUGCCAGCGAAAGCACGGCUAGUCAAACUUCUUUGGCGCGUUUCAUCCUAACAGUUUCGAUCAACCACGUUUUGGCAGUAAAAAUUGCAAUAGUAACACACCAUAACCGAAAAUCAAAAUUAUCAAAACGAAGAACUCGAAAUUACAUCUAAAUUUACAUGUUUUACGACCAAAAAACGGCAAAACAAAACACUUGGGCCACCACGUCCGAUCUAAAGUGCCUUCAAGAAAAAAUAAUAAAAAUAUAAAGUGUUGAUUUUUACAAAAAGAAAAGUAAAUAAAUAAGUUUUAUAUACAAAAAAAGAGAAUGAAAAAUAAAUAAAAAACGGGCCCUUUAAUAGACUUCUCGCCCCACCAAAAUGCGCGGCUGUUUGUGUGCGAUCCAGUGUUGUUUUUCUGAGUUAUUAGGUCAAUUUUACAACCACAGCGAAAGCGAGCAUAAAAUUGACAGUAAACACCCAGCAAACAUGCAAUAGUCAAACCGGAUUCUUUAGUUUCUCACACAUACACACCCAUACAAGAACAGCAGCAGAAGCAAACCUUUAGAAAUAACACGACGUAUGCACUAUGUCAACAAAAAAAAGUAAUAAUAAAAACUACACCUAAGAUUGCAUGAAAAACCAAAAUUAUACUGUUACGUACUACAUUAACGUGAAAAAGAGAAAAGCUGAGAAAAACUUAUCAAAAUACUCUACAGUUUGACAUAGGUGUGACUACCGGGCGUGAAUUAGAACAGCCACGACUCCUCGUAGCAGCAAACUAAUUCAAAAUGGAUGGCCAAGAUAGAAAACUCAUUGAAAUAUAUCCAAAAUGAGCCAAAUGAGAAAAGAUUACCUAGUAGUACUCAAUAAAUGAAGCAUACUAAGACAAAACCAAAUAUUCAAACAAAACUACGAACACACGAGUCUAUGGAAAUAUUAUAAACAAACAUACUACCAAUUUCACUAUUCGAUUCGUGCUCAAGCUACAUACUAUUAGUUUCGUCCCUUCCACAAAGCACUUCCCUCGCCAGAUGAGAAUAUAUCUCGGAGAUGACCAUCUUUCCAGCGAGGAAAUGGCCGACGUUUUCAAAUGAUUCAAUAUAAUUUCACCUCCAGCAACACCAGGACCAUUAUUUCUUCCAUCGACACUGAAGUGUAUUGCAAAACCCAGUUUAAAACCUACACACUCACAUCCACACCAAUGUAUUACUAAUGAACAAGUAUACCAACUAAAUGAUUGUAAUUACACACUCACACAGCUACACAAUAACACUCAAACACACAUUCAAAUACCAUACAAAAAGAAAAGAAAAAUUUCCAAAAACUUAACAAGAAGAGAGGAAAAUUAAAGAAUAAAAAAGAUCAAAUUUUAACUGUUCACAAACAUGAGCAAACAGCAUGAUGGAAGCAGCACCAAGAAAAUACUUUUUAAAACAUAAAUGCUAAUUUUAAGUACACUUAUACUUUCCUAAGCCGAAUGCUAGGACAAACGAAUGCAAUAUCUGGUGUGUGGAAACGUACAAUGAUCAAAUGGGAUAGUUUUCCUUAUGUAUUUUAUUUGUUAGUAGAACAAAAAACAAGCGAUAACAUAACGAUAUAAUAACAAUUUGUUACAGUUUGAUUGACUCUCAAGCCAUCAGUUACCAGAUAUGCACGAGAGAAAGAGAGAGAGCGCAGUCUUAGUCUUAGUUCAAUUAUGUAUAAACCAAUGAAUGCGAAACUUGGAGUACUUGUUUUGUUACAAUAAUUAUUUGUUGAUUCUAUCUUUGACAUUUUGUUUUGUUUAGUUCGCUUGCGAAAGUAACUCAAUAACGGAACACUGAUUUCCAUCUUUAAUUUUUUGAUAUUGGAAAACAACUGUAUUGAAGAAUCGUCAAUUUACUUAAACCAAAAUGUAAGAGGAAAACGAAAUAAAACCAACAGAACACAUUCAUCAAUGCUACUAAUAAUUAUUGAAUCAAAUUGUAAUUGAAACAAAUGUAAUGUGAACAAAAUAACUAGGUUUUUAUUUGAAAUGGAAAAGAUAUCGCAAAAGCAGCAAAAAUCCAAUGAUUAUUCAAAUUACAACUAUACAAAUAAGCUAAACAAGAAGAAAAUGCAAAUCCGUAACCGGCCCAGUGAGAUUUUGGACCAGCCGCAUUCGGCACUGAGUCAGAAACUAUCUUUAGUAGCGUUAAGGGAGAGAAUACAGUGACACACAUACACACAGACAAAUAUAUAUGCCAUGUAGUGGGCAGGCAGGUAGGAUUAAUUUCCACUGGAACCGGAUUUGGUUUCAGAAACGGAAGCAUGAUGAACGAAGCUAAUUCUAAAGCUACACCUUUUUGGACCAGAAAUUUUCAAUCAUCCGCACCGGAUGGCAAGACAUUUGUGAAUCUCGUUAAAAUAUAAUAUCAUUUUCGGAUUUUUUGGCUCUCUUCAUCAUGCCCUACGGGGUUUGAGCACGUUGCACUUCGGAACGGAACAGUACGGGACAGGCUUUUUUGAUGAUUCCUAUAAAUGGCUCAUGUGUCCGAUGAACGCUGGGACACUCGGUCUGCGGUCGGGUCUGCGGAACUACUUAUUUUUUGUAAUCUAAUUUUAAUAACACACACAUAUGUAUUUAUUCUCUAUUUAAAAGUAAUGAAGCAAAAAAUGAAAUAAACACAGUCACAAACAGUAAAUAGUAUCAAAUAAUCAGAAGUAUUCAAAAAUUAUUUCUCAGCAGAACAAAAACCUACAGCAAAGCAGUACUUAAAAUCGAUACCUAAAAAAAACCAGGAACCAGACUAAUGUAACAUCUUGUAAUUCACAUGCAUGUUUUAAUGGCACAAGUUACAAACCAACUGAGCCGCAGUGGAAAAGAUUCAGCUACUCUGAUUUAGAUUGAUUUUUCCGUUACCAUAUUUUGGCACAAUUUGGCGCAAAAAAAAAUGCAUGACACCGAAAUACGUAGAAGACACUUGUACUAACUCGUAACUAGUAUUUUGUCGACUCAACUAAUAUUUCAAUCAUGAGCAGCAAUGCCAAUAUGAAGAAACGCGACAGAUUCAAAUCUGAUGAGCGCAAAAGAAAAAUAUCACAACAGCAAAAUAUUUUCGGUACUUCUUGGGAUUUAUUAUUUCUACUUUUUUAUACGUAACCACCACAAUUGUUUUUAUAGAAAGUUUUGUGAGAGUAACACACAGACGUGAGAGAAAAUACCAAAUGAAUUCGACCGCAGCGUUUCGAUGUAGCGAAAACUAACACCACUUUGACGCAUCCUCGAAACGCACAGCAGAUUAUAAGCAAGCAAGUGAAAGUGAAACCGGAUGAGAGAGAGAGAGAGUAAAACCAAACGAACACACUCAAACAAACAGAAAAUACAAACAAUAACAAAAAAGAAAUAUUACAACCAAGAACCAAUCCCACAAACAGCAAACGUUUAUACUAUGUACGACAAACAAUAGACCAGAAGGUACCCGGGCACCUGCAAAGAGGAGAUACGCUGACGAGUUCCUGUUGUAAGGAAGGUACGAAACGUCAGCGGGUUUGAACUCCCAGCGGUGGGUACGCAUUUCUCGAUAAUUUUUUCUUUCAUUUUUAUCGACUCCAAUACGAUGAAGCUUUGAAAUCACAGACGACGAACAGUUCCUGAUUCAGCGGGAGCUCAUUCGUUCGUGAAGAGUAAAUAAGAUUUGACAUGGAGCUAAGAUGUAAAUAUUUAAACACGUGUUUAUGUACCUAUUUUCAUUUUUUUUAAUCAAACACACACAAAACUUCUCGGUGCAGGAUUUUUCUCACCGGGGAAUAUAUUUUUAAGUUGAAAUAGGAUAAAGUACCUAAAAAUAUUUGAAAAAAAAUACACCGAAAAAAAUGUGAAAAAAAAUCUUAAAACCCGUCAAAAAUACAGUAGGUUGAGAAUCUUUUGCGAAAAAAAAAAAUGAAACAUUUGUGCCAAAAUUUCAGACAAAAAGAAACAAAAAACAACAGUAAAUGCUGGUAAUAAUGACACGCUUACGAGCAAAAUUGGAUUUCGUUUUGUAUACCUCCACGUCUAGGCCUGUUUUGAGUGCAGUAUAUUAGUAAUUUUCGUAUUCUAUUGCGUUCUCCGCUUCACCACAUGAACAGAUGUGCGAUUUUAUUUUUUCCUUUGUACAGUUAUUAAAGAUCAAAGUGAUGAAAACAACAACAACAAAAAAAAAACACACACAAACGAGUAAGAACAAUUUUGGCGAUUUUUCAAUGCUCUUAAGCUUAUUUUACUUUCAGAAUUGCAAAGUAAACAAAAUAGUCCAAUCGGAACUAUUCAUAUUAUUGUGUCAAACCUAUCGUAACAGAUGAAAAAAUCAAAUUUAAAUAUUGCAAAAAAAAUACAGUCACAGUUUGAAAGUAAAUAUAAUCAGUACUAAUUACAAUGUGUAUCACUAACAACAAUUACUACAGUAAUGUGAAAUAGAACAAGUAAUAAUCGAUAUUGAAACUACUACACCUACCAUCGCAAAUAUAAACAAACAGGGAAACGGUUGAAAAUAAAACUCAAACACAGAAAACAACAAUAGAAAACGGUUAAUUUUGUGCAACUUCAGCUCAUAUAAGCGUUGAAGAGUGGUGUUUCCUCCCCCGUCGAAGGCCGAUAUAAUACAGCUCUGGCCCCUGUAUGUACGAAUAAACUACUACUACUACUAAUACACGCGAAGGGGACUUUGCUUUUGCGCUGGAAUGAUACCUCAUAUCGCUCAUGAUAUUGAUGUUUAUUUUUUUAUUUAUUUCAACCUUGAUUUUCACAAUCGAAUUGUCACAGGCAUAGACAGAGAAGCAUAGACAAGUGUGGCUGAACUUCAAUGAAUUAAUCGCUUCAACUGUUAUUGCAUUUUAGAGAAGAAAUACCAGAUAAAUAAAGGUUCGAAAGACGACGAUUUGAUUGUCGAAUCGAUUUGAUCAUAGGUUCAAUCAUUUAAUGAUAAAAUCCCAGAUAAACUCUUCUGUGGUUGCACAACCAGUUUGAGUUUAUCGAAGGAAGUGAUCUUCAAAUACAAAUAGUUUUGUUCAACAACUUAUCUCACAAUUCAAAUGAAUGAAUAUAUCUCAUUUUGUCUUUCAAUUAAUUCUUGAUUUCCCAAAGAAAUACGAUAACAAGGAGUAUUCCAAAUAUUCACAAAUAAUUGUCUCAACUGCAAUCGUUCUAGAAUGUUUCCAAAUCUAACGAUUGUCUAGAUUCAAUAAUUGAUCUGAUGCGAUUCCUCGCAUACUCGUUUUUCGAAUAUCAGCUGUUUUUCAAAGAUGGGAGAAUCUUACAAAAGUAAACAAAUCGAGUUUCCCUCAUCUACCAAUAAAUGCUUCAAAUUCCUGCAAUUUUGCCUAAAAAUUCGGAUUCUACAAAACUCUCAAUAUUUGUAAUACAAAGAACUAUAAAGGGCGAAACUGUCAUUCCAUUUGUUUACGUGAGUUUUGCCCUCCGUGUUUCAUGGCAACAAACGGGGUGAUACUUCAAUUGCUAGUAAAGAAAGGCGAAACCUUUUUUUCUUUAUUUCAGAUGGUUUCCGAGCCUUUUACCACUGGAAAUAGUAAAUGAGACGAUAAAAUUACUCGCAGAUUUAUCUUAGUCGCGAAAACCAGCCAAUUUAAUGAAAAAUGCGCAAGGGCGUAUCUUUAUAAUUCAAACAGGAAGCAUAAAAGUAAACAAAUCGGAAAAGGGCGAAAUUCUUUUUAUGUUGAUUUAUUCAGUGAAUAUAGAUAGAAAGUGGUAAAAUUUGCAUCACUUUUGAAGAUAAAGUAACAAUUCAUCGACUAAUCAUAAAUUGAUCUGAGAAUAUACGAUAAUUUCUAAAUACGAUUUGAACCCAAAAUCGAAACAUUCAUCGAUGUUUUUCUCCAUUUGCUAUCAAUGUUAGAUUCGUCGUUCUUUGAAAAACAGCUGAUAUAUUUUCUACCAAUUUACAAGCGUUUCUUCCGCUUCUAAAGCGCUGCCCAAGUGGCAAGCACAGAAGUUAACGAAAUUAUACGAAGCAUGAUCAUGAUAUUACAUUUGCUGAGUGGAAUUUCAACAGACUUGACAGCCGAUUCGUAGCGCACAGAACAAUUGAGUGGAUAGUGCAACGAUUCCUUUAACACUAGGAGUCGUUUCAGGCCGAGACGUUUUACAUUGAACCGUCAAUCCAGUUGAAUAAAAGAAUUAGUUUGAUAUUUUUAGAGCUGGAGAACCUUGGCAACCUUUUCUUUGAAUCCUGCGCUGUCAAAGUGGCAAGCAUGGAUUUAAACAACGAUGAACAUUUUCAAACUGUUCUUUGCAAUGAUACAAAAACUGGCCUGCUAGGCGAAAUAAUCGUUAACAUUGAAAUAAAAGUAAAAAAUUAAAGGAAAAAAUCGGUUUACGUGCUUCAAACUAUAGAAUUAUUAUGCUCUAAGAAGUGAGGGUUUUCUCUUGCGUUUGAACUUCAGUGAAGCAAAUAUCUCGUCCAAAAAUAUUCAAACUCGAUGACAAAUGUAUCAGGCAGAGUUGCUAAUGUUAGAGAUUUAUCUGGUAUAUCUAAUUUCGAUAGACACUUAAACAAACCAGAUCUUUUGCUAGAUUUUGCAGAUCUCACAGCAAAAAAAUUAUGGAAUUUCCAGGUGACGUAAAUCCAUAUAUGACACAAUUCAGAAGAACGCAAUUCGUAAAAUCAUUGAAUUUCACAAGAAUGAUUUAAAUUCACGUCAAACCUUCCCCACUUUUCGAGCAGAAGUGUAAACUUACAUGUUUCAGCAGUUAAAAAUAUAUCGAAAUGCAUUUAACUUUUUUAAGUCAUGUUUGAAAAAACGAAUAUGCUAGGAAAAACAUUUCACCAUAGUGUAAUUACGAUACUUCACUUAAGUAGAGUCAUACUGUACCAGAGAUGCCAUUUAUACAGAUUUAUCUGUAUUAUACAGAUUUUUGCAUGCUCAUACAGAUUUAAUACAGAGUACAGAUUUUAUACAGAUUUCCUCAAUUUAAUACAGAUUUAUACAGUCUCACAAACAGUAAGAAGCUAUCUUUUAGUAUUUGAUUCCAGUGUCAAGAUAAAAGUCUAUCAAUCAAUGGACAAAUCACAAAUUAAUAUGGAAAUCUGCUGUGAAAUCCAUUUAUUUUAUAAUUUGAAACCAAUUUGAACUGAUAUUCAAGGAAGUGAUGGCAUCAUGAAACUUUACUGUCAAACUGAGAAUUGUAUGACCUGACUUGAAUUGGGUGUUGAAAUUCCAUGUCAAAUUAUGAAGUGAACAAUUUCAAACUAGAUAAAUACAUGGAAUUACAAUUCAAUUGUUGUGGAUUUAAACAAAAAAAAUAAAACUAUGAAAUUUCGUCGUUGAAUAUUCUUGUGAGCGCGGCAAUGACUGAUUGAAUCUACCAUCCUACAACCACAAUCUAUUGGAAUAACAUCUUUUAGCAUCAUUUUGUUGUAAGAAUUUCAUUUUAUUAGUGAAUACAGAUUAAUACAGAUUUUUUAUACAAAGCAAUACAGAUUUUCUAUGAAAAUAUCUGGCAUCUCUGUACUGUACGUCUGUGUAGGGUAGAGUUGCCAGGUUAUUUUUUCAAAAAUCUGUCAAAACUUAAAUUUAUCUGGACUUGUCUGGGUCUACUAUAUAUAAGGAAAUUUUUGCCGGGCUUCAUUUUCUGUGAACAAAAUACAAAAAAAAAGCUCUCCCCACCUAUCGUAUAGAGGCCAAAACCGCAAAGAUCUAGCGAUCUGACAAAAUCUAGGAACAUUCUUGAAAUCUUCGAAAAUUCGGCAAAAGAUCUGGUUAGUUUGAGUGUCUGGUGAAGCGAGAAAAAUCUGACAUUUUCCAGACAAAUCUGGUUACCUGGCAACGCUGCUGAAGUGCGUCAAGUUGCUAUGCAUGAGUUUACGAUGUGAUGACGAGUCGAACCCGAAGUGUAAAGAAACGAACAUACUUUUUUGUUAACAUAUUUGUUGCCAGUUUUUGUCAGACUUUGUCUUACGAAAAGCACAGAUUUUAAUGUUUAACAUUUGGCAUCCCUGGUAUCAGAAGUAUUUUAUGCGUGUUCUUAUUUUGUUGGGGUCAUUUUGCGCAUUUCAAUAGAGAUAUUGAACCGAAUUGGAAACGACAAAUUAUGGGUACGGAUGUUUUAGUAUUUUCUGAUUUGAUAUUCAUCAGAACUAGAAGAUUGGUUAUAAAUAGAUAGAUUUGAACAAAAAAAAAAACGUUAUUAUACUGAAAACGAACUAUAUUUUGUGCCGAGUGAAUGUCAUUCACUUACACCAUUUUUUUUCUAAAAAUAUUCAAGUAUCUUCUAUAUCGCUAUAAAGGUAUUCUUACAAUGAAUUUCUAAUAAUAAAUAGGAAAUUUGAAUUGUAAAAUUGGAUUUGCUUCAGUGUUGUGUAUUUUAUCCAUGCAUUCAAACAGUAACACAUCGGUUGGUAAUUUAAUAAUGGGAAAUUGCACGAAUAAAAACGACCAAGAUUAAGAAAAUAUGUGGAUCAAAUUAUAUGUAAUAUUUUCAGUCUUUGGUUAGUUGCAAAAAUUUUAACAGUGUAUGUCGUUAAGUCUAUAAUGAUAACACUUACGUUUAACAAUAAGCUAAUCAUUCCACAUGAUUAUGAACAAACUCUGAUCGUUUGAGAAGUUUUAGAGAAAAAUUGUAUGAUUCUUCUUACUUAAUCACAAGCAUAAAUUAUGAUCUUAAUAUGUUUUCAAUUCCAAUAAAAAUCUUGGUAAGUUUUUGAUACUAUCCCGAUGAAACACGGUGUGUCCAUCGAGUGACGGGUCACUAUUUAGUAGACUGCUGGAAAAUAUGAAAAUUAAAUUUUGUUUCAAGAUGACGCGUGACAUAGCGAUGCUGUCAAUUUUAUAGGACAGUUUUAUUGAAUAGGUACACACUCAAACGGCAAACCAGUUCUGUUGCAUUGUGUAUCCAGCUAAGUAGGCGAAAUCAGUUCGAAUUUAAAGGAGUCUACUGGCAACUAAACUGUAUUUCUUUGAUUUAUUUCCAUCGAAGCCAAUUAGCAUGAGAAAGAGGAAAAGAGGAUGCCCCUGAGAUCGUAGGCGUUCGAAUCGAAUCAAACCACGCAAAAGUUCAAUACCACUCUCUGGCGUUUGACCUACUCAACACUAACAAUAGACAGGUUUACAAUAGUGCGGCCCAUUCCAGGCAACCAUAAAUAUAGAUCAAAAUUUAUCGCAACAUAUUAUUCGGACUGUUUGAUUUUUUGGUAACAAGCUAAAAAAAAACAACAUAACUGGCAAACGUUUUAGAACAUGAACAGUUUUCGGGAACAAGUUUCGGUCAACAACUUUUCAAAGCGUUUAAUAUUCUUGCGUUGUUAAAUUGUUAUCGAGUGAAAAGUUCAGUUCACACGGUUUUGAAAGUUUUUAGACUGUUCGUUUGAGUUUUGUUAUCCAUGUUUGUUUCAAUAAUCAAUGAACGGGAAAAUAUGCAGAAAUAUUUAACAAAACGGUUAAGAUAAAGAACAGAAAAGUAGUGAACUGGAACAAUUAUUGAGAAGAACAAAAUUGAGAUUAUGUUUUUGGAAAUUUUAUCAACAAGCGCAAUAAUCCAGGUAGAACCAAUCAAAGCACAGAGUUCGAAAAAUAAAGUCAGUCUACAGAAGAAAACAAUCAUUCAAACAUAAAAAAAAAUUUCUGUUCACUUCGGUUAACUGUUAUGAAAAAGGUAGUAAACAAACCCAAAAAGAACAUCGUGGAAAAAUAACAAAAUCAGAACGAAAAUAAUUAUGCGCGAAAAUGUUACUUUCAAAGGACAAAAAUUCAAGAAUACAUCGUGGAAGGAAGCAAACCAAAAUAAUAACAUUUGACAUUGUACAUUACUCUAGGAAAGCGAAUAAUUGCGACGAUGUUCCCCGAAUUGCCGUUCGUUGGAAAAAGUUCCUCUACGGGGUACGGAACAAAACAACUCCAAAACAUCCCGACAAAUAAACUGUAAAAAUUGAAAGUGCUAGUGCAGAAACGAGAGCAAAACAUAUGACAAAAGAGUAUUUUUGUAUUACUAUUUUGUAAUCGUUGGUGUAUUAUAACUUUAAAGGCAGAGCAAAAACGUAAACCAAAAAAAACUACUAUUGGAAAAGAGACAUAAGAUAGGCAAAAUUUUUCUAGAUAAUGGUAAUUAUGAACAUAAAAUAAAAUUUUCGGCAAAAAAUACUCUAAUUUAAAUCGAAAAAAAAAGAUACAACGUACAUUUAGGCAAACUCAUUCAUAAUCGCAAAAUGCAACUACUUUAAUCGUUGUACAUAAGCUACAGGACGCAAACACCUAAGAACAGUCUGAGGGAGCCUUCCAACGAUCGGCAGUGGGGUCACCUGGUAAGCGCAAAUCUCUUCUCAUUGCUAAGAGAAUUGAGAGAGAAAGAGAGAGGGAGUCAAACGAAAAAAACGAAUAUUUCUAUAUAUAUUCUGAACAAUACCUAUUAGUUUAAAGCGAAAUCAAGAUGAAAUCAUUUUUCGAAAAAUGAACGUAUAUGCGUAAACCCAUUUACGUGUAAACUCGUGAGAAAAAAAACUGUUCGGAUAUCAAUGCAACUAAAAUGAAGAAAACAAAAUGGGACAAGCUAAUUUUAAGCAAAAAGAAACAAACAGAAGUUUGGACAGUAGAGCGAAAAACAUUGUCGGAUAAUUAUGGCCGUAUGAAAAAACGUACAAAAAGUGAACAUAUUUUACGUUCCAAAGCGCUUUUUAUUUUAUCGAUACAUUAAGUAAUGAUCUUAUUGUAAAAUGAAGCGAAUCUACGACUAAAACUGAAAUCUAGUAUAAAGUAAAUUUUUGAGCGAAAGAAACGUUGAAGAAACCGGAAAUCAGACAAGAUGAAAAGAUUUUGUUAAACGAUGUAACAUUUAACAAUAUAUGUAAAAGCAUGAACAUACAACCUUUACGUUUGAGAAUAUUUUUUCUCGAAAUUUCUAUCAAAAUUAAAAGUAAAAUUUAAGAGAAAACCAAAAAGAUGCGAGAAAACUAUUCAUACAAAAACAAAAACACAGAAAAUUGUAAAAAAGUAACCAAACUGUAAUAUAAUGGUCGAUUUCUAGAGAAAAAAAAAUUAAACAUGAAGCCCAAAAUAAACACUAAAAAAUACCUACAAGUGGUUGACGCACAUUAUAAAACCGUUUCAAAAUAGCGAAAAAGAUCAAGACGAGAGAAGGUUCCAAAAACAAACAACAUUCAAACCAUCACAUAGACGAUGCGCGCAGAUGCGAAAGAACAAAAGAUCCAAAAACUGAGAAUUUUGAGAAAAAAAAAGAUUGAGCAGAUUCGAGCCAUGCGAAUAAAAAACAGAAAACAUACUGUAAACACAUACGAAUGUGAAGAUCGAUGAGCAGACAACUAGUUGAGAAAACAAAAUCUGUUCCCAUACAUGAGGAAGAUCAUCAGAACAGAAUAAUUGAAAAAUGCAGCAAGCAAGAACAAGCGAUAAAAAAAACAUCACAUGAUGAAAAAUCUACAUUUUGCAUAAACGAAAAAAUAUAUUUAUGCUUAUUAUUUUAUCUCUGUAACAAAGCGUGUCAUUGUCCAUACAUGUUAUUAGAAGUUUCAACUGUUUGGUGUAAUAAAAAUUAAUAAUAAUGAAUAAAGAAAAUAAAAUUAUUAAUAAAAA